AACAGUGCAGUCAGAACUGGUACGCAGUCCUCACGGUACUGGAGCAGUCUUUAUUAGAGCUCAAACGGCGCAUUAUUGUGAUCGCUACAGUUUAUCUAAGAUCCGACAACGCCGGCUGCUACCACUGUGCACCAUUAUUGUUGUCGUUGCCGUCUUUAGGAAAAAGAGUCGGCGUGAAUAUUAGUAGGUAUGACUUUUCUGAAGCUCAAUCGGGAAAGGACCUUUGCGAUAGGAAGAUCGCACCAAUGAAAAGUCAUCUGCAUCGGUAUAUAAACCAGGGACAUGAUGUGGUAUCUGCUCAACAGAUGUGGGAGGGUCUGAAUUCAGGUGGUGGUGUGCGCGGCUGUUACGCUGCCGUAUUACAUCUUGAUGAAGACUCAAUGGUUGAUCGGAUAAAAUGGGCAGGUAUCACCAAGUACAACGAUUUUGCCUUCGAAAGAGACAGUCUGACAGUUUGGAACUGUUACAAAAUUGGUGAUGGCAAAAAAUUCCUUUACAAGAACUUGGUCAAAGAUUGUACUGAGCUUCAAGGCGAUACGAAUGCACAAGUCGGGAAUUACUCUACUCCCAAAUCAAGCACAGGACUCGUGGCUUCAAAAACUGACCAAUCUGUUGAGAUUAGUUGCAUUGAGUCUGCCUGUAUCAAGACUUUCAAAACCCAGGAUGAGCUCACACACCAUAUUUCACAUGGAAAACAUGUUUACCGCCCCGAAAAGGAAACUGUGCUUGACAAAGUGAAAAGAAAAUGGGUAUCAAAAUUUACCGAAGCUAGGGAGGAUAGUGCUCUCUCAGUGCCAGGUACAGCUACUGCGUCACUCGUCAGUACGAGUGAGGGCACAGACAUAGAACUGAAUGCAGGGUGGGCCAUCAAAGAGGCAAGAGCCCAUAAAAGAUUUAGCGAUGAGGUGAAAGAUUUUCUUUUAGAGUGCUUUAUGAAAGGGGUGCAAACAGGAAAGAAGGAGAAUCCAAACAACGUUUGUAAGGUGAUGAAGAAAAGGUUUGAGAAAGAAGAUUGGUUAACGAGCAAGCAGAUCGCAAGUUACUUUUCCAGAUUAGCUGCAAUGCAGAAAUCUGGAAAACCGCUUCUGAGAGCUACAACACCUGAAUCUGAAAAUGUUGACAUUGAUGAGGAAGUUGCCAUAGAGGUAACUAACAGGAGAAAAUUACGAUCCCGGAUUAUGAAGGAAUGCGUGCUCUGAACUUUGCUUCCAUAUCCGUAGCUUUCAACCACGUGCUUCUUAGUAUACUUUCUCCAAAAUUUACACCUCUGUUUAUCCAGACAAAUCAUCAUAACAUUCAUAAUUCAUGGCCAGUCUAAACCAUGAAUCUCAUGACUAUUACUAUUACUGCUGAAAUAUAAAAAAUAAAUUAUGACCGACUGCGUUAUUCUGCCAAAAUAAUUUGUCAGGACUGUUUUGCCAAAAUGACUGUCGUGCUACUAUAUUCCAUUGCCGAAAUUCAUCGAUGCCAAAAUUCAUCGUAUAUAUCAAAAUUUCGAGACGAUUUCAUGCUUUGUGUCUAGUAAAAGGAGUGAGGUGGCAAAAAUUUUAUGGUUGUGAUUUAUAGGGCUAGUCUUCCUCUACAUAAGCCCCCAUCCCCCAUGGACCCAUAACCUGCAGCAAGAGCUACAUCUCAGGGCAAAGUUAGGGUAUAUUUUGGGUGGUGCCAGAUACCCUAACUUUAUAGGACUAGUGUAGCCGCUAGCGGCCAGAGGUGGAACUUUCAACAUGUGGUCGUGAAAAACGAAGACCACCCCUAAUAUACACAAUAUACAGAACAUCCAUCAAACAUCCCAUUAACACACAGUAAAUAUUCAACAAAUGACUUAUUUUUUAGCCAAAAUGGCCAAAAAUAGAGAAAAAAAUCGAUUUUUCCACAUAUCUCAAAAACCAUUGAUAGGGGAGCCAAACCCAUUUGGCCAUGGAAUGUGCCCACAUGGGUGACCAAAACCUCUGAAUAAGAACAAAAUCCGUUAAUCUGCUUUUUGCAGAUUUUGCAUGGUUUUCUCAUGGACUGACAGUUAAAAAAAUGGAUGCUAAUAUAAACAAAUAUAUCUUGUAUAUAUUUGUAUAUAUUUGUUUUGCCCACAAAAGAUAUUUACAAAGAAUUUAGAAUAUUUACAAUAAUAUAUGUGGGGGCUAGGGACCUUUGGAAAUCCUGUUGGACUUUUGGAUAAGGCUCCUAGUUUUGAAAAGUCAAUUACAAGUAACAACUACUAAAAAUGUUGACAAGUCAGGCAGUAUAUAUUACGAUUAUUUACAUAAAAAAUAGUUAAAAGAAUAAGGAGAUAAAAGUUGACUUUAUUUUAAGUAUUUGCAUAAGCAGAUAGUAAGUAAUAGGAUUUUUUUUUCUUAAAUGAGAAAUACGAUUUCAUAUUUUUGAUAUUUUCAUUGAGACCAUUCCAUAUAGAGACCCCUUUGUUAGACACAGUAUAUUUGCGAUAAUUAGUUCUUUGAAAGUUCACGUGUAACUUGGUGGAAUUACGUGUAUUCUAAUUGUGUAACUCACUAUUUUGUUUAAAAUAAUCACAAUAAAAAUCCGGCAAAUUAUUUUGAUAAUAAAAGAAUCGAUACAUAAAUAUACUACAUAGAUAAUCAUUAAUUUUGUAGACAUUCAAGAUUUUCAAGUCCAAAAAUAAUGGUUUAGAAUGAUUCGAAUAAGAUUUAAAACAAAUUAAUCGAACAACAGAGAUGUGAACCCUAAGUAACAAAAAUGCGGGUGAUCAGGGGCGUAGGAAGCUUAGAAAAGUUGGGGGGGGGGCAGGCUUUGAGGGGCGCUUUCUCAAAAAAAAGGGCAUCUCAAAAAAAAUUUUUGGCGACCUCCACACACCCCCCCCCCCCCGUCGCCAAAAAAAUUUCGGUCAGUGUACCAUUUUAGGGGUAAAAAAUUUUUCCGGACAUACCAUAUUUUUCCUUAAAUACUAAAAACUUUUUCCGGAAAAACAAAUAUAUGAUAUUUUUAUCGGAAACUAAAACAUUUUUCGGGAAAAAACCUACAUUACAGUUUUCAAAAGUUUCGUUUGGACAAAAACUGCGUUAAGUCUAGUUGAAGUAGAAGUAGAUGUGCGCAUGCAUACACUCUACCGACCAAAAACAGAACAACGAAUCAAGAAUCAGAAGACAGAAUCACAGAAUGCGGGUGAAUUGCUAUAAAAUUUGCUAAUGCGGGUGAUUUUAUGUGCCAAUUUUUCCGCGUGUGAUGAUUCCAAAAUGCGGGUGUCACCCAUUCAAUGCGGGUGAGUUCACAUAUCUGGAACAAUUUUCUUUUGUACAUUCACUAUUUUUUGCAAUCUUGUGGGAUAUGUAUUUCCCCAAACAAGAUUCCCGUAUGUGAGGUAUGGAUAAGCUAAUGCAUAGUAAAUCAGUUUUAAAGUGUUUCUAUUUGUAUAAUGUCUUAGUUUAGCAAUCAGACCUGUACAUUUAAUAAUAGUUUUCAGAACUGAGCUGAUGUGGUUCUUCCAUGUCAACUCUUUGUCAAAUAUAACUCCUAGAAACUUUACAAACGUCACUUGCUUAACCAAAUCAUUAUUUAUUUUGAUUGUAUUAUCUGUGUUCAGUAAAGACUUAUUUUUUUAUUUAAAAAUUACAAAUUUUGUCUUAGAAGCGUUGAUUGAUAAUUUAUUGGCAUUGAGCCAAUUCAUAACCUUAUUCAUUUAAUUUUGUAUUGUGUUAUACAAAGUUUUCAAGCACGAAUUUGAAUAGAAAGCAUUCAUAUCAUCUGCCUAUAAUACGAACGAAAGUAUAUCCCUACAACUUUCGAUGUCGUUGAUGUAUAAAAGAAAUGGCAAUGAAUGGGCCAAGAAUUAAACCCUGAGGAACUCCUGUAGUAACAUUAAUUUCAGUUGACCUAUGUUGUUUAUAUUUUACAAUUCGAGUUCUUUCCUGCAAAUAAUCUUUAAACCACUGAAGACAAAUUCCUCUUAUUCCAUAAUGUUGAAGCUUUUUAAAAAGAAUUUCAAAGUUGACUGUAUCGAAAGCUUUAGAAAGGUCAAGGAAAAUACCCAUUGUGUAUUUGCCUUCAUCCAUUGAAAGGAUUCAUUGAAUUGUGCUGAAAUGUUACAGUCCAUUUUCAUUAGAUUACUCCCGUAACUGUGAUCUCUUUAAGACUGCAAUAAUACAAACCUGAAUCCUGCUUUCUUUAUCCGGAGUAUACCCUCCCAAAAUUGAAGAUAAAGCAACAACGGAGGUCAUUCUGCAGUUGGCAAGUGUGCCAAAGAAAAGUGGAAUCCACCACCACUUAAAAAUUCAAAUUGUAGCAGAUGCGAUGCUAGUUGGAUGUCAGCCGAAUCAGUUCCUAGAAAGUGGAAAACUCUGUAAUAUAUUCUUCUGAAGUGAUCUUUAUCUGAUCAUAUUUAAUAUUUUGUUUGUUUACUUCAUAUACAAAACAUCAGCUUAUAGACCUCUCUGGAAAAUGGUGGACAUGCAGUUUCUUUUCCCCCGAAAAUAAUUUCCACUAAAAUAAUUACUGUGCAUGCUACUUUAUGAGAUAUAAAAUUAGAAAUAAGACAAAGCAUUGUUAGUCAUUUUCCAAAUAGGUCUAUUAUGUAUCUGAAAACGUUCUACCCACAAACGGUAUUUUAUUCAGUGUUAAAACUCAUGUUAGCAAGAUUUCCUGUUUAAUAUCUAAAAGGUUGGAUGUCAACGAGCAUAUAAACAAUAUGUUCUCUUACAGGCUGGACUUUUUUGAAAAACUUGUUAUUUGUAGAGACUGAAGUUUUCUUUACCUACAAAAGUCUCUUCAAUCGAAAUUCAAGCUAGCUUUGAGGAAGCCUAUUGGCAAAUUGAUUCUUUAAUUGAAGAUCCCGAAAAAAAGAACUAGCCAACUCAACAUUACGCUCAGCACCAUUACGCUCAACACUAAAACCACCCAAGGCUCUAAUUAAAGCCCUGUGUCGCUUGAAGAAGCAAUACAAUACAAUACAAAUUUAUUUAGAACCUCCCCUCACGGCUUUUCAGGUCUAAUUACAAGUUUAUAAGUUACAAUUUACAAGUAAUGAGUUUAUAAAUUACAAUAUUUAGUAUAGAUAUAAAAUUGAGUGUCUAAAUACAGAAUUUAAAAAGUUAUGUAUUAGUUGUUAGAAUUAGGCAUUAAGGAGCCAGGUUUUAAUGACUGUUUAAAAGUGUUCAAUGAAGUACUCUCUCUAACAUUGUUUGGUAAACUAUUCCACAAUUUAAUAGCUCUGUAUCCAAAUGAACGUUGGGCAAAGCUUGUUCUACAUUUUGGGAUAUCAAGAUUGUGGCUAUUACGAGUGCUACGAUUGUUUACAAAAUUUAUUUACAUUAUUUACAAAAUUUUUUAAAUACAAUGGUACACUACCGUUAAUAAUUUUAUAUACCAUUUGAGCAUCUCGAUAAGUUAACAUGUCCUGGACUGAUAACCAUCCAAGGUCUUUAAUUGUGGAUGAAAUAUGGUCAAAUUUCCUCUUGCCAGAAACUAUUCUAGCAGCAAAAUUUUGAACCAGUUGUAAUUUCCUUAUAUUCUCUUUAAAGGUACCUGCCCAAACAGUCGAGCAAUAAUACAAUUUACUAAACACAAGAGAAUUGAUUAUAGAUAUCAGAGUUUUCUUAUCGAAUAAGUGUUGAACUCGGCUGAUCUGACACAAUGAUCCCAUAAGUUUAGAUGUAAGAUUCUGGGUAUGAUCGGUAAAGGAAAGACAUUUGCCAUUAUUAUUCCAAGAUCUUUUGCACAGCAAACUGGCGUUAAUUCCUCACCAAGGAAUUGUAAUGGUGGUAGAUUAAUCUUGGCCAGAGCUUGCUUGGUUCCAAACAAAAGAAAUUUGGUUUUCCCUGGGUUUAUUAACAAGGAAUUUGAACAACACCAGGCAGCAACUUGUCUUAAAUCUGCAUUCAAUUUAUUCAUACUCUCAGCAAUAUCACUGAUUGAGAAUGAUAAGAAAAGUUUUGAGUCGUCCACAAACGAUUUGAUCUUACAGUCCUUACACAUGCUGCUAAUUUAAUUAACAUACAAGUUAAAUAGUAGUGGACCCAAGAUUGAUCCUUGCUGUACGUUGAACACGCUGUAUAUCAGAUAAAUGCUGUCCCACUCUAACAGAUUGAACUCGCUCGCUAAGAUAACUUCGAAACCAAGCAGUAGCUGACGCGCUUGUUCCAAACUUUUGAAGUUUUUCCAACAGGAUAUCAUGACUUAUACUGUGGAACGCCUUGCUUAGAUCCAGUAAUAUCACAGCUGUAAGAUUCUUUCUAUCUAUAGACUGAUAUAUACACUCCGUUAGAAACAGCUGCAAAGUUUCAGUGGAAUGGUCUUUAUGGUUACCACUCUGGUGUUUAUUUAACUUAUUAGUUUCAAUCAAAUAAUCAGUAAAUUGUUCCAAUGCAACACGUUCAGUGACCUUUGACAGUACGGGUAGCAAUGAGAUAGGUCAAUUAUUCACUGCAAUUUCAUGAUCCCCCUCUUUAUGUGGUGGUAUAACCUCUGCUUUUUCCCACUGAAAGGGAAAAACCUCUUGACUAAAGCUGGCAUUAACAAGGCCUGUUAGGGUUGAUAAAAUAUGUUGGUAACAAUCCUUAAGAACAUUAAUAGAAAUUUUAUCAUAACCUGGUGCUUUAUUGGAUGGCAUAUUCUUUAUCACUUGUUCAAUUUUGGUGUAAGAUACUUGGUUGAAAAAAAAACUGAUCAGAUAAAGGAUAUCUUGGGUUCGGUUCUGCAGACGCCGAUAGCUCCAUAAUUAAGUCGUACUCGAUCGCCAGUCUUUUUGCAGAUUCUGCUGUCUUUUCUCCUACUGAUAUGAAAUAGUUGUUAAAUUGUUCACACAACUCAGAAGUGGGUUUUGUGUAGCAUGGCUGAUCAUUUAUCUUUCUAGGAAUACAACUACGAAUGAUUUUCCAAAUACAUCGUGGUGCGUUUUGAUUUAAUAGGAUUUGUUCAGGAUUUGUUCGUGAACAUAAAGUUUUUCAGAAUUUUGUAAUUUGUUCUUAACCUUGAUCUUAUAUGCUUUAAAUACUAGCCAGUCCCUAGUUUGUGAGGUUUGGUGAGCUAUCUUAUGUGAUAAAUCCCUCUCUUUGAUCAAUGAUCUGAUUUCAGGCGUAAUAAAUGGUAAACGUUUUGUUUUCAUUUUAAUGUUCUUUAUGGGAGCAUGCUUAUCCAAUACACUAAGGAGCAGGUCAUUAAAUGUAUCAAUCCUAUCGUACACGUCAUCCAGUAUCUCUACCGUAUCCCAGGGGACAUCCGCGAUAUCUUUUGCAAACUCACUGGCUUUAUAAUCCUUAUAGCUUCGCACGUUGCUAAUGGUGGGGCUAGUUUUUGGUGUUUUCAAAUUUAGUUUAGCCAUAAUAACAUAAUGAUCACUAAUGGUCGACAUCACCACCCCACUUUCCAUAACAAUACCAGGGUUAGGGACUAGAAUCACAUCAAUUAGAGAUUGAGAUGAUGCUGUUACUCUUGUUGGCUCCGUAAUGAGUUGGGUCAGAUUCAUUGUUAUACAAAACGUCAUGAGUACUUGAGUAUCAGGACUCUCAUUAUUUAUUAAAUUACAAUUCAGAUCACCGCAAAUGACAAUGUCCUUAUUGUAGCAUAAAGCCUUAGUAUACAUUGGCAUGAAAUACUGCUCCAAGCAGACUGUUGGGCAGCUUGGAGGUUUAUAUGCCACACAUAUUAAUAUAGAUCUCAAUUUGCGGUUUUAGACUUUAAUCCAAAGCUGUUGAAAACCUGUAUCAGAUGUUGCAGUCAAUUCCCUAAUGGCAUGGGUCUUAAGACUAGUAUGAACAUAAGCACACACGCCCCCGCCAGAUUUCCUUAAACGAUCGUGUCUUAUGAGAUUAUAGCCUUCUAUUUGAACUUCGGCAUUUGAUACAUUAGAAUUCAGCCAGCUUUCUGAUACAGCAAAAAUCUUAUAUUGGUUAUCCAAAAUAAGUUGUUUAACUUGAAUCCGCUACAAAUUUGAGGUCCAGGAUUUGAUGAAACGUCUACACACACUGUUAGGUCCGUCUUAAAAGGCUUCGUACUAAGCACCAAACUUAUGGGUCCAUGUUUCGUUUGUUUAGCAACAGCAAAUGGGAUUUUAAAUUUUGACUCGAGCAUAACUCAUUGUAUAUUAACACGAUAUCCAAAAGCAAAUUCACUAUAGACUCCUGAGAUUGUACCAUCCUUAGCUAAUCCAUCGACAUUCACAAAGAUAACAGUCUUAACUUUAAUAUUUGUUGAACCGAAGAGAGAAAAAACAUUAAAUAAGAUAAAUAUCAAGUAAAAUAUAUUCACACACAUCUUGAUGCUGGUGCCGAAAGGAGGGCAACAAAACUGAAUAGAAGUGGGAUGACAUUGUUAUUACUAAGCCUGAUAAAGGUUGCGGGGUUGUAGUCAUGGACAAAUCCGAGUAUAUCCGUCUUUUAAGUGCAGCGUCAAUUGACAGCACUUCAAAAUUUUAAUAUGUCGAUAAGCAACGACCCAAGCAACGUGGACGUCUGCCCAAGCAUUUCCACCCACUCCCUCAGAAAGAGAAGCAAUUGCUUUCAAUCUUACAUCAGAUUCUCCCUGAAGAUGUUGCCGAAGCCCUCUCCCCGAAAGGUUCCAGGCUUGCCCAUCUCUAUGGCAUUCCUAAAAUGCAUAAAGCUACACUAUCCAUGAGACCAAUUUUAUUAGCAAACGGAUCUUAUAGCUAUAAACUUGCCAAAUGGCUUGAUGAGAGGUUGAAACUGCUUGCUACAAAUGCCUAUACCAUCGCCGACAUGUUAAGUUUUGCUGAUGAAAUUUGUCAUUUACAUGUGAACGAAGAUGAUGUACUGGUGUCUUAUGAUGUCCCAGCACUCUUUACCAACGUGCCUUUAAAAGAGACGAUUGACAUCUUGGUCAAGAAAGCUUUCAGCAAUGAUUGGUUUAAUCUGACACACCAUCUUAAUAUGACAAGAAACGAACUUAGACAACUUCUUGAAGUAGCUACAACCAACCAUCUUUUUCAGUUUAAUGAUGAUUUGUAUGAGCAGACUGAUGGAGUUGCUAUGGGAUCCCCUUGGGCCCCCUAAUGGCUAAUGUUUUUAUGUGUCAUCUUGAAGAAAAGCUAGAAUGUGAUGGCAAGAUUCCAUCUUUGUACAGGAGAUUUGUUGAUGAUGCCUUAUCCAAAAUGCCUAGUAUCGAGGCUGCUUCCAAUUUUCUUACUACCCUGAAUGCCCUAUAUCCUAGCAUUGUAUUCACCAUGGAAGUACAGACCGAUGGCAGAAUUCCAUUUAUUGGUAUGGAUAUAAUCAAGGUAGGAACAAUUCAAACGCAAGUCUACUGAACACCCACUAAUACUGGAUUACUCCUUCAUUUUCAGAGCCAUACGCCAUAAACACUCUUUGUUGAAAACAAUGGUAUAUCGUGCUCACAUCAUUUCAUCUACUAUUGAAGUCUUUAAUGAGGAAUGUGGCCGGUUGCAUUCAAUAUUUUGUCGGCUCGACUAUCCCAUCGGAGUCAUUAAUUCGACCAUACAAAGUGUUGCAAGCUGUCAACAAACACAGUAAAUUUAAAUCAAGUCAAUGAGACUGCUACAAUCAGAAUUAAUCUUCCAUAUAAAGAGCAGAGAGCAGCAGAUACAGUAUGGAAGAAAAUGCAUGAUCUCAGCAAUAAGAUUGGUCUUUCCAACUUGCACCUAGUUUGAAUACCCAGAGCAACUCAAUUAGAGCAAAACUCUUUGUUUGACUUUGAAUUUAAUUAAUGACAUUGUUCUAAUUUAGUAUAUAUAGAACUCUUAAUUCUUAUUUUAUUUACUUGAUAAUGACGUGUGUUAACGUCGAAACGUUGUCGGUUUUUAAAAAACUUUUUAUUACAUUCUGAAAUGAUUUUCAGAAACAUUUUAGUGCAACAUUUUAUUGUGAAAUCUACAACGAAAUCAUUACUUAAUUAAAAUAUACCUCUUUUAAUCUUCUCCAUGUCAUAGUUAUAUUGUCCAAGUGAAACUAUACCAGUGAGUUGGUGAUGUCCUGCCUUUACUGUUGUUUGCAAAUCUUCCUAUACAAGUCAGGAAUAUACAGUUAAUGGACAAUACAGAGGUUUUUUAUUUUUAGUAAUCUGUCAUAAUCAGCUAUUCCGUUGAUGCCCUCUUGCCGAUCUUUAUUAAUGACGAACUCGUCAAUUACUUACUUGUAUUUUCAUUUCGUCUAUUAUAAAACCAUCCCAGUAGUCUUGUGGUUUACCGCCAUUUGCAAUUGAGCGUGCACCGUGCAUUUUUUUCGAGUUGUUUUAGCAUGAAAUUAACAUGUAACUAUGGGCGGAGCUUCAUGUUACUAAGGCGGCUUACGGCGGUUUAUUUAAAAAUUGCGCGCUUUUUUACAGCUUGUAGUUAUGUAAAAUGGCGCUUGGCCCUGUUGUAAUGAAAUGACGAAAUUUAUAAGUAAUAAAUAUGGAAGGACUUUCGAAUCAGGAAAAGCGCUUUCGCCAGAUUUCCGUAGACUUAUAAUAGAUAAAAUAGUAGAGAGCGGUGGAGACCGAAUAACACAAAAUAUUCCAUGUGGCUACGCAUAUAUAGCACGAUAUUUCAAACUAGCGCCAAACACAGUUAAGAAAAUCUGGAGACGGUUCUGCAACGAAUACACAGAGGAACGAUUGCCGGUUUCUGGGGGACGACGUUCAAUACUGUCCCAAGAAGAUUUAGAAUAAAAUUUCUUAAGCUCGCUAGAGGAUCAUUCAGCUUGUCAGAAAUUUGGGGUGUUUUGGUAGAUGAAAUUGGAUGUGUACAAAACGUUUCUAUAUCUACAAUAAGCCGUGCGAUUCGUACAAGAUUACCAUCCGGUCGUAAAUUCACAAGAAAAAUAAUAACUCAUAUUGCUUCUGAACGAUUCACAAACAACAACAUUUUAUAUACGCAACUCUUCAUAGAUUACAUGCAUGCCCAAGAUCCGAACCACGUAAAGUUUUUCAAUGAAUCUGGGAUCAAGCUUUCAGAUUGUACAAGACGUUAUGGGCACUCACCUGUCGGUGAAAGAUGCGUGGAGAUCUGCAAGAAAACACCAUCACCGAGUUUUACGCUAAGUGCGCUGUGCUCACUCAGCGGAAUUGAGUAUGCGAAAGUUAUCAAUGGCGCGUCAAACACAGUCGAGUUAUUGCAAUUUUUUGAAGAGGCCGGCCAAUCAGUUAACGCAACAACUGGUUUACCCAGCCUUGCAGUUGGUGAUAUAAUUGUGAUGGAUAAUCUUUCAUCGCAUCACUACGAAGGAGGUGCUGCACUUGAGGAAUGGCUUGGCAAAAUGGGUAUAGAGUUAAUUUAUACACCGACCUACUCGCCAGACCUAAACCCUAUUGAAGAAUCCUUUUAGAAAAUAAAGAGCGUGCUUACUAGCGAAUAUGCCAAUAAUAAUGUUUACAGCAUCAAAGCUUCAGUGAUUGCUGCGACUACGAAAGUCACCGCUUUAGACAUGAUAGGCUACUAUCGCCAUACAGGAUAUUUUCGGCUAUAACAAUUUAUACAUUGGCAUUGCCAUUGGACAACGUCAACGGCCAAUGUUGACAUCAUAGUUGACAUGUCUUUUAUUGUUUUAUUUAAUCAAACGAACAAGUUUUGAACGGCAUAUAGUAUCAUGUUUAGGCCGAGGGAAUUAAAGUCAUAGAAUACCGUCCUCCGCCCGCAUGUCCAAAAUGCUGCCGCAAAAAAAUCAUUAUUUCAAAAAAUUUCGUUGUUUCAACAAUGAUGUACACUUUAAACUAUAAUUCAUCGCAGAAGUCAUGUAUUAAGAGUAAAGUCUACUUGUACAGCAAACUUUCACUUCGCAGGCAUUCGCUGCCUAGUUUUAAAGAUUGCUGGCAUAUUACUGAACAGGUUUAUUGACGUUCAACCAAUUUUCACACACAUUUCUAAAAAUAACGAAUAAUGAAAAAAAGACUCAUCUUGAAAAAAGACUCAUCUAUUUUUGAAAUUAUAAGGACGGUAUUCUAUGACUUUAAUUCCUUCGGCCUUACAUGUCAUGUCAAAACAUGAAGGCGCGGUCAUAAUUCUGUCGACGGCGCCAUAAUAUUUCAGAAACAACUAGUCACUACACGGCUUUGUAUAAACAGCACUUUUCAUAAUAGGAUAUUGUCUUAUUGAUUUGAGCAAUAAACUAUAAAAGCCUGUCAUCAAACAUCACCUGAACUGAAGCGUAAACAAAUAUAUUAUAAUAUUAAUAUUGCUGUAAAACUAAAUAUAGUCAGCACAUGCAUUUCACAACUUGAUUAUUAUAUUGUUUGUAAAAAGUUGUUAUACUUUACAGUAUAUAACAAUAUAUUACUGAUGUUUACAUAUGAGCUCAAGUUAACCACAGUUUAUAUAAUUCUCAUUUCUAUUAUUGCUCAACUCACGUUUUUAAACAUCAGUGGACAGUGACGUUGAAUGGUUUUCACGAGUCAAAUAAGUGCAUGUACUAAAAUUUGGCUUGCAUGCCUCAAGCAGUCGAGGGUCAACCAUUAGAUUUUGCAUGCAAGCAUUCAUAUGCAAGCAUUCAUAUGCAAACAUUCAUAUGCAAACAUAUCAGCGGCACAUAUUGGCAGUAGGCAGAUUUUUAAUACUGCCGGAUAAACAAUACCAUUUUCAUGUAUUUGGGCAUAAACAUGUUCAAUUCCGCGAUAUACUGUACAGUGUGUAUAAAAAAAGUGAACCCGGCUUUCAAAUUCAAAUUAUAGCUAUAAGUAUAACGUUUGUAGUAAUUUGACAGCUCUAGUUGCUUUGAAUUAAUGGUUUGGUAAGAACACAAGGUCUACAACUCAUGCCUCAUGGGACAAAACUCAAAGAAAUAAAAAUUAGAAAAUUUAAGAGUUUUUCCCCAUGAGUACAAGACCUUGUGUUCUUACCCAACCAUUAAUUCAAAGCAAUUAGAGCUGUCAAACACUACAAUGCGUUAUAGCUAAUUUGAAUUUGAAGGGUUCACUUUUUUUUGAGACACUGUAUAACGAUUAUUACUGUAACGAGUACUAUUUUAGGAAAUGCGACCAAACCUUACAGUAAAUAUAACUAAUAUUGUUCUGUUUAUAAAUCAAUUAUAACAAUCUCUAUAUACUAUAAUAUGGCUACUUUAUAAUACAGGGUGAGUAAAAAAUACUGAUACCUUUGAUAUUCAAAUUAUAACAAAGGUAUCAGUUUUUUUUACUCACCCUGUAUGCGGCUAUACCUAUGGCUUUGGUUUUAACAACAGUUCAUGCAAAAUUAAUUAACACAAUAUCAACGCAAGUAUUGUCAUAAAUAUCAAAGACAAAGAAACUGAUUAACAAUAACGAUAUAUAUGACAUUGUACCUUCAGUUCUGAAUGUUUCACAGCCUCUGUUUUCUAGCUGUUUAAUAAAGACAUGAGUACGUUUGCUGCAUCAUUCUCGUCUGUCUGUUCAUUCCGCUGUUCGCUUGGUUCGAUUCUCACAUCUACAUCGUUGACACAAAAUGUUUCCGAGCUUGUGUCUUUUGUGCUUGUGUGUCGUGUUUGAUCAACAGCUGGGAUGGCGUGUCGCAUAUUUUCAUCGACUGUCGCAUGGCCAUAGUGAUUCAUAGACACAGGUUGAAAUGAACUCGCUUUCAAUGCGAUUUCUAACUGGGCAUUCUCUUCUUCUUCAGUGCAUGGUUCACAGUUAAGUAAAUUGAAGCUAGAGCUACUGUUACACGGCAUGGUGGUCAGUGAAGACGUUGGUACGGACAUAUCGGGAAAGCAUAUUCCGUGUCGCCUUUCCAGGACGCCUUUUGCAGGAUUUUCAUGUUCGAAACGUCGCCUUUUGGGAUGUGAUAAGGAUUGACGUGCUUCCUCCGCUUCAGCAAGACCCAGGAUAUACGACAGGUUUUGUUUAGGAGGAAUUUUACCCCUGAAAUUGUGUUUGCAAUAAGUUUCUAUGAGAUGAACAUGCCUUCGUAGUAGAGACCAGUUUUUAAAAUUUCCAGUAUGGUAUUCGGGGCCGUUUUCGCAAAGCAACCUGCUCUCUAUCUGAGAAGACAGUGUCUCCUUCAAACUCACCACGGCGGAUCGUCGGUUAUUUAGUUCGCUUUCCAUUUUAUGCAGAACGUUUUCUUCUUUCUUGAUUUCCUGGUUUAAUUUUGGACGAUUAAUCUGUCCCUUGUGAAACUUUUCAAACCCACAUUCGAAAACACUUAAACAUUUUUCAACAUCGCAAUUCCUCGCAAGAUCGCCUAAUUUCAAAUGGCAGUUUCAGCAAAUUGUUAAAUUACCUUGUAGUUGCGUAGAUUGAGCUUCAUUAAUUUCCUCAUCAAUAUCGUUCAAUUCUUUCUUGAGCGCAGCGACCUUUUGGCUUUGCUUUUGAAUAUCAUUUUCCAGUUUCAUGGUAUAUCUCUCUAAUGGCGCCGUCGUUGGGGCACGAGAAGGCGCUUGGGCGUCAGAUUGAUUUUCGUGAGCUACACUUUGGAAUUUGGAGUGUAAACUAGCAGGAGCUACUCUCUUUACCACUGCCAUUGGGAUUGUGACAUCUUCGGCAGGUAUUAUUGGACGUUCUUGCUGCUGUAUGUCAGCUGCAUUAACUGGACGGUUUUCACGUCAUUCCGAAACAGUUGAAACAUUUGGCAGAUUUGCUGGCGAGUCCAAUUCAGAGACUUUUAAAUGAAUCUUCGUAUAAUUACAAUCGGUAAUCGGAUUACCUGACUUCAACAUCUCUAUAAACAUUUCGCUGUUGUCGAACGGCAGGUUUACGAAGUCUCGAACGGCAGGUUUACGAAGUCUCCUUCCUCAUCGCGAAAUUUUAUUCUAAUAGUUGUAGGUGUGAGGUAUUGGAGUGAUCUAACGUUGCUUCGUAUAUCGGCCGUUAGUUUUAUAAAAGUGUAGUUUGGUUGCUCUUGUGUGUUUACAAAAAAUGAGCAAAAUCUAUCAGAAGAAUAUUCCACUUUAAAAAGGUAUCUUGCCAUGCUUACAGUAACUAUGUUUUUGAUCAUAUGCCCAAUAGCAGGGAACAUAUUAUAAAAUUGGUUCGUCAAAACAUAAUUUGGAACGUCAAAUAUUUACGCUAAUGGGCACUUAGUCGACAAAAAAAAAUUGGUUUUAAAGCUACAAGACUUGAAAUCAACAACAAGGUGUGUAUGAUUUCGCACAAAUACGGUAAACUGUAAACAAACCAUCAAACUAAAGUGUCGCUAAUGUUUGUCUGAGUCUGGCGGGGGGUCGAAUUUAAUAUAAAACCGCCUUAGUAACAUGAAGCUCCGCCCAUAGUAACAUGUUAAUUUCAUGCUAAAACAACUCGAAAAAAAUGCACGGUGCACGCUCAAUUGCAAAUGGCGGUAAAACCCUGCCCCCUCAUUCGCACAAGAAUGGAUUACAUUGCACAGGAUUAUAUCAUUCCAUCCAGGGUCUUGACAAACGGAAGUCUUGUAAUGCCUUUAAAACAGCAUAAUUUCUUCACACUCUAAAUCGAGUAUCUGUUAUUUUAAUGAUGGUAAAAUGAUAAAUUCUCUCAUGGUAUCCAGUGCCUUAGGAUUUUUGCAAUACAGAUCUAAUGCCAACCUCACUAUCCUUGAAAUUAAAUAACACGAUUAUAACAUGUGUUUAAUAAUUAAUAUAAAUUCUUAAAUUUAAGUUCUACAGAAAUGUAACAAUUUUAUAGAGAACUGACUAGGUUGUAUAAACCUUUUUGACUAAAAAGUGUUUGUUACCUUGGGUCCCAAUGGUAACCUCUUGGAGAUUGUGUCAACAGCUGCUUCUUCUGCAUCUCCCACAUUAUUUGCAUUUCAGGUGGUAUGUCAUUAGUGCAAAGUGAAGAAUUCACUUUUGGACAGAUAACGGUGUUAAUAACAAGUUCUUAGUUCAAUCUUGGUUCUUCAAUCUUUUAGUUCAACUUAUUUUUUCUGUUUUUUAAGCGUUGAUUUUUGGCACUUGUGUUUUCGAAUUCAAAGGCGACAUUUUCGGUUAUUUUUCUCAUUUCAGAAUGCAUCGAAACAGUUUGAAUUGAAAUGUAUACAGAUAUAUGGAGUGUUUUUCACCGUUUUCAUGGCUUCUGAACGUCAGAGGAGUUUCUUCUGGAUUUGCUGAAUCAAUUUUUUGAAAGUGUUCUCAAAACGUCAUAGAGUGGAUGCAUACGAGCAGAAAACUUGGAAAACGCAAAAAACGGGUUGUGUUUUAAUCUAAAAAAUGUGUGUAUGUCAGGAAAUUGCACAUUUAUAUGUGAUUAUAUUCAAGGCAUUAACUCGUAAAACCUAUUUGAGUGGACAAUGUUGAUGGGGAUGGACAUGCGAAUAUUGUACUGUUGAAAUUGUUGACGUUUCUUUUGUACAUAUUUUCCUGGUUUUGUUUUGCAAUUUUUUGACAGCCGUUUGCCGGUAUAAAACUGCAAGUAGGAAUAUACUUUAAUAUGCUUUCGUGAAAACGUUGCAGCAAUUUGCGUAAAAAAUAUAUAUUUGUACCUGAUAAAAGUCUGCUCUUUUGUCUCUUCACAUACUGAUACCCUUCAUCAAUAUUUUUGAAUUUAUAAUGCAAGAGAUUUGGAAUGUUUUUUCCUAAACUUCAUUCUUGUCUCGAAAACCCAUGUAUGUUUCUUCGUUUGAAUCUGUUUAUUGGUCUUGGUAAUACAGAAUAUUGGCAAAUGAUCUGAUAUGUCAGAAAGUAAUAAACUGCUACAUAAAUAAUUCUCUGAGUGUUUGUGUGAUGUUACUCUGAGUAUAUCCACACCGGGCAGGCUUGAAAAAUAUGCCUGGCUACGGUAGGAUUCGAACCUAUGACCUUUGGAAUACUAUUGGAAUACUUUGGAAUCUCUGAGUGGUUGGUAAAUAUGCCAUCAAUGCAGUAUGUGACGUUAUUCUGGUAGGAAGUGUUAUCAAAGGAAACAACAUAUGACCAAACAUUAUAUCUAGAAAUUCACUAGUUGGUAAAUGACCAUGGUUAUUUAAAAGAUCGAAGUUAAAAUCACCAAUUAAAUAGCAUACUUUCUUUUCUUUAGAAAUCAUUCCCAUGAGCAAAUUCAGGUUAUUGUUAAAAUCGUUUACGUUUUGGCGUGAUGGUGUAUAAACAUACCUACAAUUAUGUUUUUCCCUUUAGCAUUAGUUAUUUCUACACACAAUGAUUCAACACAUGUUUGGCUAGGGAAACCGAAUUGAAAUCAAAACGAAUUUGUAUUCCAACUCAGUUGUUAAAUAUAAACCUUUCAAACUCCACCUCCAGAUCUAUUAGGUUGGUAGUUAUGUACAAAAUUGUUUCUUUCAAUGUCAACGGUACAACUACACAUAUAUAUACUCGUACAAAUCAGUCAACUUCCUUGACACAACUAUAUUUACAUUAACUCCAACAACAAACUCGAAUCUAGUCUCCUGCACAGACGUUGUUAGUGGCCGAGGCCCCACCUAACGUCUGCUCACAUUCGCUACACAUUUGACUUCCCAGCAAUUAACCAAUCACAAUCAUGUACACAAUAAUUGGAACAUCGACCUUCACUGACCUUCACAUGCAUGGGCUAUUUAUAUCAACAAGUCUGUAGUAUUUUUAAAUAUGAAAGUUUUAAUACUACGCAUCAGGCUUUUCAUUCUAUUAUAAACGAAAAGAAGGAUGUUUUCGUUAAUCUCACAACUGGCACAGGAAAUCACUUAUUUAUCACAUAGUUACCGAAGCUAUUUGAUGUAAUAUUCGGAUUUAAACAAAUUGUAAACGUGUAGACAUUCAGUGUGGUUUUGCCGAAGCUGAUCGAUUGCUAUGGCUUUGAGAAUUACAAAUGCGAACACAUGUUUAGGAUUUAUUAUAAUACAUAGUGACAUGAGCUUCAUGCAUCAAUAGCCAAAACACAAACCAUUCUGCUAUACAGUAUACACUUUCUAUGUCUUCAACAAUGACUCUGCAUGCUUGAUACUAAAUGUCUACACGUUUACAAUUUGUUUAAAUAAUUAAAUCCGAAUAUUACAUUGAAUAGCUUCGGUAACGGCGUGAUAAAUAAGUGAUUUCCUGCGCCAGUUGUGAGAUUAUAAUAGAAUGAAAAGCCUGAUGCGUAAUAUUAAAACUUUCAUAUUUAAAAAUACUACAGACUAUUUGAUACAAAUAGCCUAUGCAUGUGAAGGUCAGUGAAGGUCGAUGUUCCAAUUAUCGUGUACAUUACUGUGAUUGGUUGAUUGCCGGAAAGUCAAAUGUGUAGCGAAUGUGAGCAGACGUUAGGUGGGGCCUCAGCCACUAACAACGUCUGUGCAGGAGGCUAACUCAAAUCAGACUUAUACAUCAAACCAACUGAUAGAACUGUACUCUUACACCAUAACUCCUUUCACCCUCAAACAUGCAAAAAUCAUAUUAUCUACAGCCAAGCACUACGAUACAGAUGCAUCAUCACUGAUAAUAUGAAACUACAACAAAGACUGAACAACCUACUUAUUGUCUUCAUUCACCAAGGCUACAAACAUGACAACAUUAUCACAUCCUUCAACAAACCACUACUAUACACAGAAUGACCUACCCCUGUGAAGUGAUGUUCAUUAUAUCAUAAACAAAUAUGAAUGUGCAUGAACAGUUCAUAAAUAUUCAUUGAUUGCUCAUUAAGUUUGUUCAUGAACAUUGUUCAUGAACUAUCCACCUUCAGUAGUUCUUGAAUGCGUGAUGAACUUUCAAGAAGACUGUGCACCUUGUUAUAUCUUGAACAUCGUUAUUUAUUUCAAUGUCCUAAAACAUAAAACCUACACACAUGUGCUCACUUCCAAAAUCCCCAGACCCCCUGAUGCAACGUUCUAUACUUCAUGUAACACCAACAUAACAUCUUUCUCUCACAACAAAUAGUUCUACGUGAAUCUGGUAAUGUGAACUAAAACCUGUAGUGCAUUCUACGAUUGAUAACACAACUAAGUAUACAAAUAACUAUCAGAGUUAUUUACCGUCCAUAAAACUCUGGCGGUACACCUCUGUUUGCUCUUAAAGGAUACCUAUCUUCAAUUAUGUCUUGAUCAUUGUCCUGCUUGUGGGACCGCAAUGGUAAUAUCAUCUUCUGACUCAGGAUUUGGAACAGUUUCUCUAUACGCUCCACUAAAUUUCUUAAAAUGCAAAACUUUCUUGUAAUCACAUGAUCACCCCUUUGCGUUGUUACUCUGGAAUAUCACACAUUGAUUACUUUGUAUGGUUGAGGACGAAACAUGGUUGUAUACUUGUUCUUCUUUUUCUGUUUCACCAACGCUGUAUCCCCCUUCCUUUAUCGUUGACUUUCGUGUACGUCUUCUGUCAUCUACAUAUUGUUUUGACUUAGCCUUUCCUUUCAAAACCCUUUCUGCAGCUGUAUUGGCAGGUGCCUGAGAGAAAGACUUCUAGAACGGUAGAUUGAAUUACUCGUUUGUAAAGCAUCUCGGCUGGUGCCACACCUGUAGAUAGGUGAGGCGUAGUACGAUAAUUCAUCAAAAAUGCAAAUAGUUCUCUUUGCCAAUCUCGACCCUCUGCCCAAGCCGCUCGAAUAGCUUUACCCAUAGGUUUCAUGAAGCCUUCCAAUUUUCCAUUGGCCUACGGCCAUAAAGGUGUUAGACGGUGAUGGUGGAUGCCUUGUGUUGUCAGAUAGUCCUUAACUUCCUUGGACUGGAACGGUGACCCAUUAUCGCUCUUAAUUGUGUCUGGCAGUCCGUGUCGGGCAAAAACUUUUUCAAACGCUCAUAUUGUAUGAAAAGCUGUGGUUUUAUUCAUAAUCUCAACUUCUGGGAAUCCGGUUGUUUCAUCUAACAGCACGAAUAGAUGCUCUCCUGUAGGUGCUGGUCCAUAGAAAUCAACAUUAAUACAUGACCAUGGUGCCACUGGAGGUGGGACAACUGCUAGAGGCGGAGGGGGUUCAGGAUUACCAGAUAUUUGGCACGUCAAACACUCCUUUACAUGUUGCUCUGCUUCUUUAUCUAAUCUAGGCCACCAUACAUUGGUUCUCAAAUUUUGUUUGGUCUCGACAAUUCCCAUAUGUCCCCUGUGUUCCAGGGCUAGAGUUCUAUUUCGAAGUGAUAUUGGUAUAAUCAGUCGGUGUCCUCUCAACAGUACACCCCUUACUGAUGUUAUUUCAUGCCGUACUGCAAAAUAAGCUGAUAUGGAUUUGUCUUUCCAGUUGCCAAACUGAAGUCCUCGUCCAACUGACUGCAGUUCUUUAUCGUUCUUUGUCCCUUCUUGCACCUCUGACAAGGUAAUUGUUCUGGGAAUGGCUUGCUCUGUUAUAAAGUUAAUAUAUUUUUCGGCAAUAGACUGUCCCGAGGGCUCAUUAAUUGGUGCACGCGAAAGGAAAUCUGCCGGAUUCCCUGUGCCUGGACGAUACUUGACCGUGUAGUUAUACUGCUGGAGGUGCAAUGCCCAUCUCUGUAUUCGAGCAGAUUGUUUGGCCUUUGCUGAGUAAAGGAUUUCUAAUGCUUGAUGAUCUGUAUACAAAGUAAACUGACAACCAACUAAAUAUUAAUGAAAUUUCUUGCAUGCCCACACACAUGCCAAUGCUUCUCAUUCUGUCUGACAGUACCGCUGUUCAACUACUGUUAGUGCUCUACUAGCAAAAGCAAUCACUUUCAAAAUGCCCUGUUCAUCAUGUUGAACCAAAAUAGCCUCUAGGCCUACAGGACUAGCAUCCACAACAACACUCGUUGAUCUGUUAGGGUCAUAAUAGGCCAACGUACACUGUUCAGAUAGCGAAGAUUUAACCUGAUCAAAGGCCUCUUGAUGACUAGCGUCCCAUGUCUAUGGAACCUUUUUGCGAUCCAAAUUCCGUAGCGGCGCCGUAAUGGUAGAGAAAUUAGGAAUAAACUUCGAACAGUAAUUCACGAGUCCUAGAAAGCUACGAAGUUCUUUCACGUUGUUUGGGGGCAGAUGUAUUUUUUAUUGCAACAACUUUCUCUUGGUCAGGCCUAAUCCCAUUCUUACUAAGAAUCAUGCCAUAAAACCAUAAACUGCCACAUUGAAAAGGCACUUACUUUUCUUUGCAGUCAAUCCGGUGUCUCUUAGUCUCUGCAAUAGAGCUUGAAGAUUGGCAUCAUGUUCUUUUUGAGUUCGCGCCCAAACAAUUACGUCAUCAACAAUGUUUUUAACUCCAUACAAUUCUUGCAAUGCAUGCUGGAUAGAAUUUUGAAACACUUCGCUUGCUGAGUUAAUUCCGAAAGGCAGUCUUUUCCACUGGAAAAGACCUUUAUGAGUCGUAAAAGUUGUUAUACCACGUGAGAAAAAUUAGCUGCAUUGCUUAUAUCAUCUGUUAGUUCCUCAAUUGUAGGCAUAGGGUGGUGUUCCCUCUUAAUGGCUUCGUUAACUCUGCGAUAGUCCCCACAUACACGUAUUUCGUCUGGAUUUUUCGGCUUAGGCACGAUCACUACUCCACUGACUCACUCUGUACUUUUAUUAACGACAUGUUCAAUCAAAUCAUUAUCCUGCGACUCUUGAAGCCACUUCUCUAACUGAGGACAAAGAUUAAAAGGUAUUCUACGGUAUGUUUGGGCCACAGGUGGCACACUAUUGUCAAUGUGCAGUUUUUGUUCAAACCCUUUAAGAUGUCCUACACCUUCAAAUACAUCCGCAAUCAUUUACCAUAUUGAGAUGCUGUAAUGUAAAUUGUAGCCACUGUCAUACAAUGUUUUGAUUCUACUAAUGUCUCCACUGUGCCUAAUAGGGGAAUAGGGUUAUUUUCUCCAAAAGGAUAUUGGUUCUUUGCUUUGUUUUCUUAAAUGCUCGAAAUCCUCAGGACCCAAAACGUUAACAGACGCACCACUGUCCACCAUCGUUUUCAUCGGGACUCCAUUAACACAGACCGUAGAAUAGGGAUGCUUACUUUGUUGUGCUUGUUGAACUGUGAACAUGUGUUCUGAACCGCUGUCUCAGUCACUACUCGAAUUACUUGUUGAUUUGUGGGUUGAGGAAUGCCGUUCAUCAACCUUAUUAACAUGCUGGAAUGGACUAGUAGCUCCUCCGGUUGUUUUACAUACCCAUUACCCAAGCAAAAUGCCCCCUUUUAUGACACUUGUAACAUUCUUUAUCUACAGCUGGACAUUUCCUUGUGUGGAAACCCCAGUCCACACAUUUAAAACAUUUCUUACUAGAUGAUGACUAGUACUUACUGGUUGUUCUAGGUCUUCGGUGAUCCUCUUGUAAUUGAUUAGUAUAUUCCUCAUUACCAUCAGAAAUGUCCUUUUUUAUAAUUUCCUUUGUUUGUUGGUCUGUACGAGCUAAUGCUCUUCCAUAAUCUAAUAUUUGUGACAGGGUAAAUGUUUUUUUCCAUUAAAAUCUUUCGUCGCAAUCUGUUAGAUAAACAUCCUUCAAUUAUUUGUUGUUUCAGCUCAGUAUUUGUGUCUGGAAAUUCACAUGUUUUGGCCAAAGUACAUAAUCUAGUAUAAUAGGCAUCUAAUGUCUCAUGUUCUUGUUGCUUAGCUUGACGAAAUUUAUAUACCUCGAAAGGUACAUUCUUAGAAGGACUAAAAUAUUCAGUGAGCUUUUCACACGCCGUCUUAAAGUUAUCUUCGUCCCCAUUUUCCGGUAGUGUUUCCCGAUCUGAAACUGACACUUUAUCGCCUGUUUUCUUGAAAUAAAACCGUCUCUUAUAUACACAAAUAACCACAAAAAGUCUGUCUAAAAUUACAACGUGUUUGCAAUAUUUUUUCUCAAAAACAAAGUCUCCAGCAAUCAACAAGCACAGCGGCUAUAUGUCAUAAAACUUCGUGUAAUAACAUCCCCCUCCCGAAUGCCACGGCAUUCGUUCUUAAACAGCGAAUUGCAGUUCAACAAUAUAAGUCAAAGUUCUUUGAAUGUUUGCAUGGCGAUAAAAUAUAAUUGUUUUUGUUUGUGGAAACACCACGUAAAUUUAUUACUGCAAAGCUUUCGAUCCGUAAGCCCGGAUCUUCAUCAGUGCUUAUAAUAUGUGACUUGUUUAAUUCACACGCUCUUUUUUUUUUUUUUGGCUGAGAGUGACAUUCUAGUAUCGUAUGAUGUUGCAUCGCUUUUCACCAAUGUACCAGUUGAUGAAACGAUCCAAAUUCUUGCCGACAAAGCGUUUGAGAAAGAAUGGUUCAACUGGAAAUACAACCUAAAGCUUGAGAGAUUUGAACUUGUCGAACUCUUGAAGUUAGCAGUUAAACAUCAGCUAUUCCAAAUCGACGGUAAGUUAUACGAGCAAGUCGACGGAGUUGCAAUGGGCUCCCCACUUGGUCCACUCAUGGCGAACGCGUUCAUGUGUUCAAUUGAGGAAAAGCUGGUAGAACGCAACCUGAUGCCUUCCUUAUACCACUGGUUUGUUGAUGAUUCCAUCACAUCGCAAAGCAACAUUGCUUCCGCAGAAGCAUUCCUAUCCACCCUCAACAGUCUGCAUCCAUCCCUUCAGUUCACUAUGGAAUUAGAGACCGAUGGUGUAUUACCAUUCUUGGGCACAACCCUAAUUAAUAAGAACGGUCGAGUAGAAACAAAAGUCUACAAGCCAACAAACACUGGCCUUAUGUUACAUUACGACAGCCAUUUAGAUGUGAAGUAUAAGAAAUCGCUCGUCCUGACCAUGCUCAAUCGUGCAUUCCGUCUAUCAUCAUCGUGGAAGCUCUUCACUGAAAAAAAAAGAGAAAAAAAGAGCGUGUGAAUUAAACAAGUCACAUAUUAUUAGCACUGAUGAAUAUCUGGGCUUACGGAUCGAAAGCUUUGCAGUAAUAAAUUUACGUGGUGUUUCCACAAACAAAAACAAUUAAUAUAAGUCAAAUAAUGUAAAUUAAUGUAGUCGAUUGCUACAGCUAGAUAAUCUAUAACAAACUGUCAGUCACAAGAUUUGUUAAACUUUAGUGUUUUACAUAAGUUUAUGCAUGUACAUAUUCCAAAGGACAUAAGCGAUGAACUGGGCGAAAGUACGCCUUAUCUUGUGAUUUAAGUUUAACAGUCCUUACUAGUCAGUCACUACCAGGAUAUGCUUCCAGUAUUCGACCAAGGGGCCAAUCUCCGCGACUUGCUUUAGGCUCUGUAAUAAGAACAACAUCUCCAGGCUUCAAGUUAUGAUGGGGGUGGAACCAUUUCUUUCUUACGUUUAAGCUGGGAAGAAAUUCCUUCCUCCACCGUUUCCAAAAUAAUCCAAGAAGUUGCUGGACUCGAUGCCAUGUUUGCACUGGGUUAUAAACUUCCUCUUUAUCUACUGCUUCCAGCGCAAAUCGUCCUCCGAUCUGACCAACGAUUAAGUGAUUCGGAGUAAGUGGUGACAGGUCAUUUGGAUCCGCGCUCACAUAAGUUAUCGGUCUCGAGUUUAUCAUCCCUUCAGCGCCACAUAUGGCUGUAUGCAACUCCUCGUCUCAAAUAUCUGCGUCACCCAAAAUGAUUUUAAUGGCUUUCUUUGCACUCUUGAUCAAGGCUUCAAACACUCCACCAAAAUGCGGCGCAGAUGGCGGGUUGAACUUCCACGUAAUCGGUUGGUACUUGGUGGUCUCGCACACAAUCUUUUCUUGGUCCAGGUUCUCGAUUAGCUCCCGCAACUCCCGUUCAGCCACAACGAAAUUAGUCCCGUUGUCACUAACCACGUAACUCGGUGUCCCCCUCCUGGAAACCAUUCAAACAAAUGCAUUAAUAAAGGAAUCACUGUCUAACGAGUAAGCCAUUUCUAGAUGUACGGCUCGCGUAGCCAGACAUGUGAACAAACACAAGUACCGCUUGGCUCUCUUUGUUCCACGUCCUUGUUUGGUCAAAAAAGGUCCCGCAUAGUCAACUCCAAUGUUAUCGAACGCUCGCAAUGAUUCCAGUCUUGGUCUGGGAAGCGGAGCCAUCAUUUGUUGUCCGGUUUUCUUUAAAAAUCGUCGUCGGCAUUCAGGACAAGUUUCGAUUACAGUUCAAACUGUUUUUCGUCCUUUCACAAUCCAGAAUUGAGCACAUAUCCUCGUCAACAACAGUUCUACUCCUGAGCCAUGGCCUAAACACUCAUGGGCGUCCAUCACGAUAAGUCUGGUCACUGAAUGGUUCUUCAGUAAUAGGAUGUUUAGUGUCAUAUGGCAAUUCGUCAGCUAGACGCAAACGUCCGUCCAUUCUCAAGAGGCCGUCAUCGUCCUUUCUGGGAUUCAACUGUAGCAACGUUGGAUCCUUUUCAGCUCUAGGAAAGGCUUCUCCUUGAGCUUGUCUUAUCCAGAAUUUCUCAGCUUGUACAAUCUCCGUAAAUGAAAGAAUGUUACUUUUAUUUCUGGCAUUGUGCGACCGUUUCGCAUUGGUCGUAAAAUGUAGUAUCCACGCCGUCACCCGACACAGGUGUCUGAAACUUGAAAAUUGCCGUGGGUUAAUAAAAUCUGCACCUCCGGUAUUUGUCACAAACGUCUGGGUAACUUGCUUUUCGCAACCGUCCAGUGCUUUUGGAUUUCUGCUGGGACUUGCUGGCCAUAAUGUCUCUUCUUCUUUCAAAAAUUGUGGACCUUCUGUCCAAAAUACACUGUUGACGAGUUCUGCAGCCGACAUUCCUCUGGUCGCUAGGUCUGCUGGAUUUACUGUUCCUGGGACAUGGUGCCAUUGCUCUGGGUUUGUGGUGCGCUGAAUCUCUCACUCGAUUUGCCACAAAAGGCUUGAAUUCCUUGCUUUGGUUAUGUAUCCAGUACCAGACGUUUUCGGAAUCUGUCCAAAAGAACACUCUGUUGACUGUAAGCACUUUAAGAAGACGUUGGGCGAGGCGACAUGACAGAAGGGCACCCAUGAGCUCUAAACGAGGUAUGGUAAUGGCGAUUGUGCUCAGAACAUUACGCUUCGUCAAGGCCUUACUGGAUUCCGGUAAUUUGACUUGAAAAGUAAAAACGUCUUCUUUGGCUUCCCACAUAACGCCUAAAGUUUUAAUCUUCAACGUCUCCUCUUUGCCCGAAAUCCAAUGUUGAAAGUCGGUCACUUGGUGCUAUACUCUCGAUAACUGCGGUCUCAUUUGAUGCCCAUUUUCUCAGGUUGAAUCCCGCUGAUGCUAAAAGAGAAGUUGACAUUGUAGGUUCUGGGCGCUCUCAACCGUCUACUGGAAUCUAGAAGAUCAUCCUACAUACAUCGGAUUGGCCACCGAGUCUGCCGCUUCUGGAAAUUCUGCUGCAUGUUGUUGACAAUGGGUUUGAAUGAUGUAUUGUGAACAAAAUGGGGAGGCUGUGUUACCAAACACUAAUCUCUGAAACUCGUAGACGGUCGGCUCUUGAGUAGGGUCAAAAUCACGCCAAAGGAACCUGUGGUACUUUUUAUCUUCCUCAUGAAUCCAGACUUGUAGGAACAUCUCAGAUAUAUCACCUCUGAGUGCCACAGGUGCUCUGCGGAAACGUGUAAGUACGUCUAUUAUUUCUCGCUGAAGCUUAGGCCCCGACUGUAUAACGUCGUUCAAACUCUUCCCAUUAUAUUUCAUUGCUGCAUCAAAUACGAUACGUAUUUUGGUCGUCGAUUUAUCCAAUCUGAUUACGGGAAAAUGGGGCAAGAACCACUGAUCCAAUGCCGACGACUUAGGUACUUGCUUUAUAUAACCCUUCUUCUUAUAGUCCUCGAAAAUCUGACAAUAAGCCUUCAUUAUCUCUGGACCCUUUCUUUUCAAUGACUUUUCUUGACUCUCCAGACGACACAUAGCGGCUUCGAAAUUGUUGUCUAACUUUGGUUCACCGUCCUUCCAGGGCAUUCCAAGUUCGUAUCUUCCUUCCUUGAAUUUAAGUGUUCUCGAAACUUGUGUAGUCGCAGCUCUGCCUUCAGCAGUCAUAGGAUAGUCUGUUUGAUCUUUGAUGCCAAUCGAUUCUAACUCCCAGAAUUGGCGAAGGACAUCAAUUGGUGGUUCCUGCUGGUUAUCUUGAUUAUGGCAUGAUCGAUACGUCCGUGUAAAAUGCACCCGGACUCUUUCCGAUGGUCUUCCACCAAGGUCGGCCCAAAGCAAACCCAGCCUAAAUUUGUCAACCGAGCGAUUGGGUCAGUUGGUUGGCUUCCACUCACAUCUUUCAAUACUAACAAUGGAUGAUCGCUUCCUAUCAUCACAUCAAUUUGACAACGUUUCGACACUUGCUCAAACGGAACAUCAAUUAGAUGAGACCAUUUCUCCUUGAUCUUGGACCAUUGGAUAGAUGGCGUGUCACCAGCUAUAUUGUUUAGAACAUGUGCUUGCAGAGAAGAUGAAAAUGACCCAUCAAUGCUACUCACCAACAGUUCAACACGACAUGAACGUUGCUUGAUUUCAGCUCCACCGGUUCCUGAAAUGGUCAAAUCGAGUGGCUGUCCUUGCAAUCCAAGCUCUGCGGCUGCCUCUUCUGAGACAUACAAACUCGUCGAACAUGUAUCUAACAUGACAUUCACCCGUAUCGUUCUAUUUCCAUUGCUAAUAACUGCUGGUAGAAUCAUAGCCUGCAAAAACAGCCUCUACUUUGCUGCUCCUAUUAAUAUAACGUCGCACAAAGAAGAGUCUGCGAUUCGAGUGACAACAUUCCAUACUGAUGACGUUAGCGCGACCGGAUUUUAGUCGCGCGUUUUGAUUGGUUUAUUCUAUAAUUUGAUAUAAAUUAUGCCAACACAUGCAAAUCGAUUUUGAAAUUCAAGAUGGCCGGAUAUAUAAAAUGUAUCCAAAUAGAAGACAUUUGCAUAUUGUUUAUAUAAUUCAGUACCUAGAAAUAGGUUUAUCGUCAACAGAAAGGACUCGGUGUUAAACACUGCCUCGAAGCUAUUCAACAACCUACCGAACAAUUGGAAGUGUAUACUAACGACUCGUUUUAGGGACAUUGCCAGUGGGGAUAUAAAUUUCUUGUACAGGACCUGCCUAAAACUUCUUGAGAAAAGAUACAGAAUUUUAUCAAAUUUAACAGAAGUUGAGAACAAGAUCCAAGGACAUUUUUCCACCAAGAGAUCAAGUGAAACAGAUCUUGUGUCUCCAUCAAAGUUUAUCGCACUCAGCGACGAUGAGGAAGCGUGCAUACCUAUUCACUAAUUCACACAUUACAACCCAAAGCACACAAGUACUCCAGUCAAAGUUGUUCCACCUGUAAAAGUUUCGAAAAUCAAAAAAUCUUUUUCCGAAUGCGAAACUGGCGUAAAGGUAUGUUCGUGCGGAAUUCAGCACAUUUUUACAUUAUAUUUUUAUUACAAUAGUGACACAUAUAAAUAUGUGAUUAUGUAUUUAAUAUUUAUUUAUAAUAUAAAGGUCGAUCCUCCCUCAGAAAAAUAUACAUUGAUAUUUUUUUUUUUUUUAACUUUAUAGCUUACAGUGAAAUGGCCUUCUCAGACCAAAGAACGUACAAUUCAAUCUGAUCUGGAACCCUUAGGCUGUGCCUUCCUUAGAGGGACAUGGAAGGAAAUUGUGUCAGCCGUAUACCGUGUUAAAGAGAUUAGAUCAGAGCUCAUCAAAUGCAUGUUGAAGCAACUGUCAGUAGAAUGCUGUGAUAUUAUUUCAUCUAAAAGGCCAUCCUUACUGAGAAAAACUACUGCGAGUGAUAUUCGUAAGCUGUCACUAGCCAAUAUAUAUGCCACGAAAUGAAGGAGCGUUUGAGUUAGAUGUGUUUUUUUUACACAAAUUGGGCUGUUUACAAUAAUAUACGUAAUGUAAAUAAUACAUGCAGGGCCGUACACAGGAUUUCAAGGCUUCAUGCUAGUUAAGAGAGCCCCCCUGUGGUAAGCACUGGAGGGAGGGGGGGCAAGGGGCACACCUUCCCCUUAGGCCUUACUCCCCCCCCCCCCUACGGCCCCUAGUGAACAAAUCAUGUGUACGGCCCUGUAUGUAUUAUUUACAAAUUUUACAUUACGUAUACUAUUGUAAACAGCCCAAUUUGUGUAUACAAAAAACACAUCUAACUCCAACGUUCCUUCAUUUCGUGGCAUAUAUUGGCUAGUGACAGCUUACGAAUAUCACUCGCAGUAGUUUUUCUCAGUAAGGAUGGCCUUUUAGAUGAAAUAAUAUCACAACAUUCUACUGACAGUUGCUUCAACAUGCAUUUGAUGAGCUCUGAUCUAAUCUCUUUAACACGGUAUACAGCUGACGCAAUUUCCUUCCAUGUCAUAGACGGAUUUUGUGGGGGUGUGCUACCCCCCAAUAUUAGCCAUAACCCCCCCCUCCCCCCCAACAAAAUGUCCACCCCUCCAAAAAAAAUUUCAACCCCCCCCAAUAUUCGGCAUAAUAAAAAAUAAUUAAAUGGUCCACUCCAACGUGCAGGGUGUUGAUGAUACAAAAUAAACAUAGGAGUACACUUCAACACUCUGAAACUAAUCGCUCCUCGCUUGCAUUCACUGGUUUAUUGGAGCAAUUGUAAAGUUUUGAAACUGUAUUAUCUCCCCUGAAUAGAGUUUGCAGUGCCUUGUCAUGCAAAUAGCUUGCUUGCAAGGAACGUUUGGAAUUUUUACGAACAUUACUUUUAGUUUUUAAUUCUUUUAGGAAAUAGACUUGCCUAGAUUUAAUCUUUACACCCCAAAUAUUAUUUACAUCGGAGUUGCAUCAUAAAUUGUACUCAGAUUCAAACAACACAAUGUCAAUGACUUUAUAAAAGUAAAAGCAUAUUGUGUAUUGGCCUAUUGGGUUUACACUUUUACAGGUUCAUUUAACUCAACAGACAAUCGGACAUGCCAAAUCCAUUGAUAUGACAACUUCAAAAAACUUUUCUUCGAAGCUAGAAAUCAUGAUUUUUUUCAAAUUUUUCCGGGGAUACUUUGUUUUCUGCUCUCUAGACUCCCCCUCGCUACUCUAGUGCUCCACCCCUAGAAUAUAGACCUUACUAGCGUUUGGUGACACAUUGUGUUGCUUCAGUCACCUGCUCAUGGAGUUCAUGGCUCACCCCCCUAAAUUUCUGGCACCACCCCAGUAAAAAAUAUGAAAAUCCGUCUAUGUUCCAUGUCCCUCUAAGGAAGGCACAGCCUAAGGGUUCCAGUUCAGGUUGAAUUGUACGUUCUUUGGUCUGAGAAGGCCAUUUCACUGUAAGCUAUAAAGUUUAAAAAAAAAAGAUAUGAAUGUAUAUUUUUCUGAGGGAGGAUCGACCUUUAUAUUAUAAAUAAAUAUUAAAUACAUAAUCACAUAUUUAUAUGUGUCACUAUUGUAGUAAAAAUAUAAUGUAAAAAUGUGCUGAAUUCCGCACGAACAUACCUUUAUGCCAGUUUCGCAUUCGGAAAAAGAUUUUUUGAUUUUCAAAACUUUUACAGGUGGAACAACUUUGACUGGAGUACUUGUGUGCUUUGGGUUGUAAUGUGUGAAUUAGUGAAUAGGUAUGCACGCUUCCUCAUCGUCGCUGAGUGCGAUAAACUUUGAUGGAGACGCAAGAUCUGUUUCACUUGAUCUCUUGGUGGAAAAAUGUCCUUGGAUCUUGUUCUCAACUUCUGUUAAAUUUGAUAAAGUUUUAGAUAAGUUUAUCGCACUCAGCGACGAUAAGUUUUAGGCAGGUCCUGCACAAGAAAUUUAUAUCCCCACUGGCAAUGUUCCUAAAAUGAGUCGUUAGUGUACACUUCCAAUUGUUCGGUAGGUUGUUGAAUAGCUUCGAGGCAGUGUUUAACACCGAGUCCUUUCCGUUGAUGAUAAACCUAUUUCUAGGUACUGAAUUAUAUAAACAUAAUAUGCAAAUGUCUUCUAUUUGGAUACAUUUUACAUAUCCGACCAUCUUGAAUCUCAAAAUCGAUUUGCAUGUGUUGGCAUAAUUUAUAUCAAAUUAUAGAAUAAACCAAUCAUAACGCGCGACCAAAAUCUGGUCGCGCUAACGUCAUCAGUAUGGAAUGUUGUCACUCGAAUCACAGACUCUUCUUUAUGCGACGUUAUAUUAAUAGGAGCAGCAAAGUAGAGGCUGUUUUCGCAGGCUAGUAGAAUCAUCAACAAGAUGCUAUCUGAAUUACUAGUUUUAUAUCCUCUCACCUGGGAUGUUUCAGAACUAAGUCCCUUUUGACUAAAUGAAGAUGCUUCCGGUCGUAGCUGACUUUCACUUCCUGAAGAUUGACCAUCGACAAUAUUUGUUGCAUUUCCUCGUUGCUCCGUAUUUUGCCCUAAUGAUCCAUGGCUAGGGGAACUUUCAUGUAAAUAACAGCUAUGUCUGGUACUUUUGCAACCUGCGAUACCACAUGCUCGAACUUUCUUGCAGUCUCUGCUGUGGUGACCAGCUGCCAAGCAUCCGUAACAACGGCCACUUUUGGUGAUUAACUCUUUUCUCUGUGAUACCUCAAGUGCUUUAAACAAAGGACAGACCCAUGGAGGAUGGUCUUGGUUGCAUAUGUCGACAAUGGAAUGCCUUGUUGCUGUUCUUGUGUUGUACCCUCGAGCUCGCUGUCUGUCUUGUCGAAAACCAUUGUUCUUCUCAUUUCUUAAUGUGUUCUGCUUUCCCAAUCCGUAUGUCUCCUCCUUUGCCUCUUCCAUUACUUGUACUCGAAGUUCCAUCCACUCCAAUAAUGACUCAAAAUUAUCCUCCUGGGAGUGAUCUAAUAACCAAUGUUUAUAAGAUUGAACAUCUUCCUCUGUCAGCUUCUCCUUAGCAGUCAAAUUAAGACUUUCCAAUUGAAAUGAUCCAGUCCUGUGUAGCUAACGAAACUCGCUCCAAGACAGCUUGGAAUUCUUCAAAGUCUUCUAGGUUGCGGGAUCGAAUCCUUUUCCAAUUUUGUAGAGUUGUUAGGUGUUUAAUUUGUUGUCUUCGCUGCCCACCGUAUGUCUUUUCUAACUUCUCUUUUGCCCUUUCGUAGGCACUUGCUGAGUAUCCAAGAUCCUUGACUAUCGUCAGUGCUUUCCCUGACAAACUACUCUGUAACCGAAGCAUUUUUUCGCUCACUGGUAUGUUCUGUCUGUCCACCAUUGACAUAAACGCUGCUUUCCAAUGCUCGUAUUCAGCUUUGUCAUCUCCCAAGAAUCUUGGUAGGCUCACUCCUUUUAGCUUUAUAGGCAAAACCUUUUGAACAGGAUCUCGGGUAACAGCAGGCAAUACUGGAACUUGGUGGGAUGAACCAUUCUUUGUUAGAAAUUCCUUAACAGUAUCCAAAUCGUUUGGACCAGAAAGUCGUUCAGCAACUGUGACUUUAGCUUUAUUUAUCUCAGCUAUUUUCCGUGCUUCUUCUGUACGUUGCUUAGCCAAUUCAACUUCUGCCAUUAGCUUUUGUAGAUCGUUCUCUUUUUGUGUCUGCUCUUCUUCCAUCUGCAAUAACUUAUCAUUGGCUUCUUUAACACUUUUUUCUAACUCUGAUGGGGAACUGGAUACUGGGGCAUGCUGUGAUUUACCCUUGGAAAAUCCUUCUGAAAACCCUACAGAUUCUAGUUCACCAACGGCUAAGCAUUGUUUGUAGAUUAUUCUCUACAGCAUCACACAUAUCGUCAACCGAAUUUUGAAUUUCUUCAAGCUCCCUGUCCAAUGCUUCAAUAAAUGUCUCAUUACCCUCAGCACUAACACAAUAAAUUUCUUUUAUUGUAAUUAUAAUUUUCUCAAUUAUGUUAAUUUCUGUCUUUACCUUGUUUACUGCUCUACGCAAAGCACUUUUACUUGGUAAACAAUCCCCAGACUUAUUUUCAAAAAGCUCGGAUAACUUCUUCUUUGCAUUUGCCAAUCGAAUUUUUGCCGAUUUCUUAUUAUUACAUAAUCCUUGAAUUUUCUUGCUUUCGUGGCUAACACUGUCUUCUUUCAAACUAUUUUCUUCGUCUUGUCCAUUAUUCUCUUCAUUAUUCUCACCACCAUUAGUUUCUUCGUUCACUGUAACGCUGUCUUUCGAUGUUUCUUAAACAUUGUGAACCGACGCCAUUUUGAAUUAUUAAUCAGUAGCAAAAACACGAUUUUCGAAACGAAUUUUUCUCCCUUAAAGUCAAACGAUCCGGCUCGAAAGGACCAAACUUGUUUCCCGAUCUGAAACCGACACUUUAUCGCCUGUUUUCUUGAAAUAAAACCGUCUCUUAUAUACACAAAUAACCACAAAAAGUCUGUCUAAAAUUACAACGUGUUUGUAAUAUUUUUUCUAAAAAACAAAGUCUCCAGCGAUCAACGAGCACAGCGGCUAUAAUAUGUCAUAAAACUUCGUGUAAUAACAUGGUAGCAUGCCAAAAAUGGCUUCCACUUCGGGACCUGCCGCGUAUGAAAGCAUAGCCCACUGCCGUGCUUUCGACUUGAUAUCCAUUGCCAGCAAAUAUCUUUGAAAUCUCUUAAGCCAUUGUUCCCAACGUUGUGCUACAGCACUAACAUCCAUCUUAGGGUCAAACGGUGGCAUGGGUUGUAGAUUUCCAGCGCUCGCCACGAUCAAAUACCUUCACAAAAUGGUACAAAUACCGUAUAUAUCAGAUUGUCCGCCGAUUUUUUAUCUCACGUUUGAAUCCUCACUUCUCGCAAACACCCAAAAUGAAUAACUCGUUCUUUAAUAUUAACCGGUAAUGCAUAAAUUUACCCUCGUCACCAAUGUUAUAUCUUCAAAAUCGUUAUUUAUUUCAACAUCCUAAAACAUAAAACCUACACACAUGUGCUCACUUCCAAAAUCCCCAGACCCCCCUGAUGCAACGGUCUGUACUUCAUGUAACACCAACAUAACACAGCUGAGCUCUGAUGUUCACCAAAAUUCAUAAAUUGUUAAUGUGUUGUUUCAUAAAUGAUUCAUUCGGUGAAUAAAAAUGUCUUUAUUAUGUUCACCGAAAUUCAUGAAAUGUUCAUGUUUACUUUCAUGGACAAGUUAUGAAUAAAUCAUCAAUAAAAAUAUAUAUAUUACGUUCACGAAAAUGCAUCAAAAUUGCUGCAACUUUGUCAGUAUUUGUUAUUUUGAACAAACUCGUUUUUCCAAAAUGCUUUUAUAAGUGCCAGGAAACAAAGUAUAACCAUAUUGUAUUAAAUACUUUUGUAAACAAUGAUUUGUAUUUUAUAAUAAUACUUUUUAAAAGCCCAGAUAGAACGAGGAUAAGAGUUGGCAGCAACAAAUUAUUACUGGGCAUUAGCAAGCUCGAGAUUGACAAAAUAAAGGUUUAAUUAGUGUUCCAAAUGAGUUUUGACUUAUAUGGGUAUCACUCACAUGUGUUAAAAUCAUACAAAAUGUUUUGAGUAAGACCAUAAGCAGGAUUGCCAUAUAAGACAUACGGUUCUCUGUUGGGUUUGACUAAUUGUUGCAGUAGCGGUAACAAUCCACUGGUAUUAAGCAUGAAAGCGUUGUGUCUUCUUCCCUCAACAGGACCAUGCAAAUGGGCAAUGAGUCCAUUUGGGGUAACCACUGACUAUGGUCAAAAGAAGGCAAGCAAUUAUUAUCAUGAUUAGUUUUUAUAUUUUCUCAAAAAUUAUCUUGUUUGUCAAGUGCAUGGAAAUAUUGCCCUCUAGUUUCUUCUUGCCUGAAACUUUAUACAAUGCACUCUUUUAUGGCCACUAAACAUUUUCUGAUUGCAGAUAGGUCUUGAAAUUGGCUGCACUGUUUCAUCAAUAAAUCCCCAGCACUGAUUAAGGGGGGCACCUUUGUUGUGUAUUGCAUUUGCAAACUGCUGAGGAUCAAGCCAGAUAUGGUUCAGAGACGAUAGCAAGUGACCAAAUCGGUCAUAGAUGUCAUCCAAAAUCUGAAAAAAUAUGUUUAUUCAAUGAUAUCCUGGUUGUCAGAGGUUCUUGUAUUUCCUACGUAUUUUUCUUGUAAGAAUAACAGGGCGGGCAAUACAAGAACGUCUGACAAACAGGGUAACUAAUGCGUGAUUAAUAUGAAUAACAUGGCUCGCAAGUACUUACUGCAUUAAAGAUCUGGCUCAGCUCAGGUUCAGCUCUUCCAAAUAAUCUGACAAGGUCAGACCAGCGAUUUGGAUAUGCAAAGCAUCUUAACAAUAAUAUCAUCAAGGCUUCCAUACCCAUAGGAACUGUUCCUUGUGAGCAAGCAUAUUUUUCUGGUAGAUCCAGUGCAGCAAACAACCUAUUCAUAUCGUCCUUCUGAAACCUGAAUAAAGCAAAUUUGUUUGCAACAGUGCUUGUUAUUCAAACAAAAAACAGAUUUUCCAACCUGAACAUUGUUUCACAGUCGUCCUCGUUGAUAUCGUCCAAAUGUAAUUUUUUUCUAGUUGUUGUUUAGGAUUAGUCAUCUUCGUCAUAUGAAUCCUCUGAACUGCUGCUAGUAUCCAUGUCGUAGAGAGCUACAUCCAAAAGAUCCCUAAAGUUUCUCCUGAAGUAUAUUUACAAGGCCAAAAUACAAAAAUAAAUAAUGAUAACCUUUUAACAAUAGCAAAUAUAUAUAAAAACAUAACUACUCACUUUCUAGCACUCGCCAUCUUGAAUUUGGUCAAAUUUUGCACCUGACUCCCAUAAAGUUACACUGACGUGUAAAUAUGUACUUCAAUCUUAAUCAAAAUAAAAUGCCGAAUCGCUAACUGCAGUCUCACGUCUGAAGUCAAUAUUAGCCAGGUCUCUUAUGAUUAAUUAGCGUUACUGGAAAAAUUAAUUAUAUAUUGCAAAGCAUACUAAGCAUAGUAUCAAACAUUAAAAGUCUUGCAUGAUAUUUCCUUUACAGUGUCAAUUCGUAAUAUUGUCUUAGUAAUUAAUUUGUGUAUAUUAGAACGAGAUCUGGAUCUGGUAUAUACAUAUCUAAGAUCUGGUAUACGUAUCCAGUGAAAUAGUAGCCAGGCUACAUGAUAUAUUACUAUUUUUGUGUGCAUUGGUGUUAUAUACUCAGGUGAAUAUGAUGAUUGUGAUGUUACUCUUGAGUGUGCAUCCAAACCGGUCAAGCUGAAAAAUUUGGCUGACCAUGGUGAGAAUCGCAGGUUCGAUUCCCACUGUUGUCAGCCAAACUUUUCAGCUUACCCGGUAUGGAUGCACACUCAGAGCAUAGACAAUCCAAAAGACAUGUCUGUUGGAUUGUCUAUGCUCAGAAUAACAUCACAAACAUAAUAUCACAAACAUGAUAUUACUAUAGUGAACAGGUAUUCUGCAAUACUUCCCUCUCUUCAAUUGGUAUGAGGUAUAGUUUACCUCGCAAUAACAGUUUUUGAGUAUUUUCAGAACCAGAAAAACAAGUUUGUAGAUUUGCUAUGGCAUCGCGAAGCAAAUCGUCCAUCUUUCUACACAAACAAGAACAACGCACAGUGGCGCCGUGGGUCCUAUGUUUUAGGGGGGCCAAGGGCAGGAUUUUUCCGACAAAGACUGUCAUGUAAUUUCUAUUAAAAUGUAAUAGAUUGUUGUGUUUCGUUGGGACAUACUUUAUAUAAGAACAAUAUAAUUUAACUAUGACAUAAUACAAGAGCACGAGGGAGAAUGUAAGGGGUCGAAAAGUAGCGUGUUCGCUUGGAAGGUUUAUAUGUUGAAGUGUUCAUAUAAAAUGUAAAAAUAUCGGAUUUAUUGUACUGAUUGUGAGCAACUGAAUAAAUAGAAAAUACAACUUUGUGUGUAUUAUCAAACUUUCGCAACAUAGUGGUGCUAUUCGAACCGGAUUUGUAAGAAUUUGAUUGUAAACAUGUUGCUAAUCGAAGAAAUUCAUGUAAACAUGGACGAUCUGUCGAAGAAAUGCACAAGAGGAGGUCACAGAUCAUAUGUAAACAAAUUAAUGUAUUUGUGGAAACUGGCUACGAACAGGUUAUUAGAGAGCUUCGGCAAUUGAAAAUAACAUUACAUGAAAGGAAAGAUACUUUGGGGCAAAUUGACGAACAUAUACUCGAUUUACUUUGUGGGAACAAAGACGUAUCUGAUGAAGAAGUGUCGGCAGAAACCGAAGAUGCUGGGAGAUUCAACGCUAAAAUGUUAGAUGCUACAUUGGCAAUCGAGACAGCAUUAAAUACGACAGUAAAACAGACAGAAACAGUACCAACAACAAGCUCAACGUCAUCGACAAGUCAAGUCAAAAAUACAGAAUCCGUGACACAAGCAAGUGGCAUAACAGAGCCCAUGACACAGGGAGCAAACAUGGCAGAAGCCAGUGAACAAAUUCAACAACAAGUGCCACAGAUCAAGACGACAGCAACAGUGAGUGUAAAUGAACAAGUAAGUCAUGUAAAAUUGCCUAAAUUAGAGAUUAAGAAAUUUGAUGGAAAUUUGGCGAAAUGGUGUGAAUUUUGGGACAGUUAUGAGUGUGCAAUACACAAAAAUGACAAACUGUCUGAAAUUGAUAAAUUCUCAUAUUUGCGUGGCUUAUUGGAGGGUCAAGCUUCCACUGCGAUUGCCAGAUUUGCCUUAACUGGGGUAAACUACAAGGAGGCUGUUGAUUUGCUCAAAAGGCAGUAUGGGAAAGACUCUGCUAUUCAACGAACCCAUAUCAAAGAACUGAUUAAUAUUGAACCUGCAUUCAGUGAGAACGAAACAGGGUGGUUGAGAAAAUUUUUUGAUCAAACAGAGACUUAUCACAGAGGAGUAAAGGCGUUGGGUGUUGAUGAAACAUCAUACUCUAGCAUUGUCGUUCCCUCAUUGAUUGAAAAGCUACCAAAAACUUUACGGCUAACACUAACCAGGGGAAGAAAGCAUAUGGAAUGGUCUACUACAGAGUUCUUGCAAGCACUACUUGACGAAGUGGAGUUACGGGAAGCUCACCUGGAAAUGAAGGACGAAACAAAGGAGAGAAAGCAGAGACGAUAUCCGGGUACUGCACAUGCACUGCUAGAAAAAUAUGAUGAUGGGAAAUGUCCAUUCUGUCUCGAGAAGCACAAGGCAGAGGACUGUCAGAAAAUCAAGGACAUUAGUAUACGUAAGAGUUUAAUUCGUAAAUAUUUUAGGUGUUUUAUGUGUCUGAAAAAAGGCCAUAGAGCCAUUGAAUGCAAAAAUUGUAAAAAUGCAUGUUCAAAAUGUAAUGAUAAUCAUCAUGUAGCCUUGUGUGAAGGUGUGUGUGAAGGUGUGUGUGAAGGAAGGAAAUGUAAGAGAUUCUAAUGUAACAGCUGUAGUAUCUAGUAGUAGAAGCAUGCAUGUAGGGACUGAGGACAGAGUAGUACUGCAGACAGCUCAGGGUAUUGUGAAGGGUAGAAGGGAAAGUGGUGAACGAGUGCAUGUGUUAUUCGACACACGUAGCCAUAGAACCGUUGUUAGUGCGAAGGUAGUAGACAAGGUUAGACCACAAGUUAUCCGGCAAGAUAUGAUGAAUAUUUGUACCUUUGGUAAUAAUUCGCAAGGUAGGAGCAUGCGGGAUGUGGUUGUGUUGGACGUGCUGCCAGUAAGUGGUGGUGACAGAAUUAGGGUGGAGGUGUAUGUGGUUGAUGAAAUUGCAAAUGUUAAAAAUGAGCUUUUGGAGGUUGCCAAAUUGCAGUAUGGUCAUUUGAAGGAUUUGUGGUUGUCAGAUGUAAACAAAACCAGAAGAGAGGUUCAGCUACUGAUUGGUGCUGACUUUAUGUGGAGGUUUCAGAUGGAUUCCAUCAAGAGAGGUGGUGUUGAUGAACUGGUUGCCGUGGAAACAAGGUUAGGCUGGGUGUUGUCUGGGCCGAUGAAGUGCAAGGAGGAUAGCGUGAGAGAGUUGGACACUAAUGUGAAUUUGAUUAUCGAGGAUAGAGGUGAUAGUUUAGAUAGGAAUUUUAGUUGGCUGUGAGAUUUGGAGAUGAUGGGGAUUAAGGAGGAGGUUCAGGUAGAGUUCCUUGAUAACAUUUCCUUUACAGGGGAACGAUAUGAGGUCAGUCUGCUUUGGAAUGUUGGACAUCCGUCUCUGGCUACCAAUUACAUAAAUAGUUUGUCUAGUCUAAAGUUGCUCCAGAAACGAAUGAUCAAAGAGCCAGACAUACUCAAGGAAUACAAUUAGGUGAUAAAAGACCAGGGACCGGUUGUUCAAAGGUGGGUUAGCACUAACCCUGGGUUAAAAUUUAACCUGCUGUUUUAGUUUGUGUAUUUCUGCACGUCUGUUUAUUUCAAAACGUCAGAGAAGUAAACUCCUAUCGAUCCAGACAAGAUCUCUGAAGAAAUAUUUCCAAAAUUAUAGACAAGCUGUCAGGAAGUUUGCUUUGAAUUUUUGGUUAACCUAGGGUUAAGCUAACCCAGCUUUGAACAACCGGCCCCAGGUAAGUAAGGGAAUUGUUGAAGUUGUCCCAGAACUUGAGGUUGCUGGAGACAAGGUACAUUACCUACCUCACCAGGCUGUUGUGAGGCGCAAUGUGCAAACAACUAAAGUUAGGGUGGUUUAUGACGCUUCCUCCAUGGCAGGGAAGGGAGGCGUGCGUUUAAAUGAUUUUCUUCAUGUUGGGCCAUCAUUAAACCCAUUACUUUUUGACGUGUUGAUAAGGUUUAGAUUGAACCAUGUAGCAUUAAUAGGUGACAUUGAGAAGGCCUUUUUAAAUGUUGAAAUAAGUUGGAAAGAUAGAGAUAGUCUAAGAUUCCUUUGGUUUGAAGACCCCAGUUAGCUAGACUCGCACAUGAUUGUGUAUAGGUUUUGUCGUGUAGUGUUUGGACUUAAUGCUUCACCAUUCCUACUCAACGCGACAUUGAGACAUCAUUUCUUCAAGUAUAAGGCUAUAGACGAACCGUUUGUUAGGAAAAUGCUUGAAUCGUUUUACGUAGAUGAUUUGGUAUCCGGUGAAUCCGGCAUAUAUGCUAUAUGAGAAGGCAAAGGAUAGGUUAGCUAGUGGUGGGUUCAAGCUUCGGCAGUGGUUAAGUAACAAUAAGAUCUUAUUAAAAAGAAUAGAGAUAAAGGAAGGCAUAGACAGUGUAGAAGGGGAAUCCGAUCAAAUAAGUUAUGCGAAAUCUACUUUAGGUGCUACAAGUAAAUCUGGUGAACAUAAAGUAUUAGGACUUGCAUGGGAUAAUGAUAGGGACGUGAUUAAAUUUAGCUUUGAUGUGGUACAAAGGGCAGUUGAAUGGGUGGCAACUAGGCGAAAUGUACUUCGUCUACUUGCAGGUAUAUUUGACCCGUUAGGCCUGAUUAGUCCUAUACUGGUUGAAUUAAAGAUACUCUUUCAAGAGUUGUGUGUUGCUGGCUUGGGUUGACAAAUUUCACGGUAUCUACAAACAAAAAUGGAACAGUUGUCUUGGACAAAUGGGUAAGGUUGGAGAAAUUUGCAUAAAUAGAUGUGUCAAGGUAAGUGGAUGUGAGUUGGAUGGUCAUUGGCAUCUCCAUGGGUUCUCAGAUGCAAGCAAGGCUGCAUACAGUGCUGUUGUUUAUCUUGUGUAUAAGACCAGUAUAGGCACAGAGGUAAGUAUACUGGCAAGUAAAUCUAGGGUUGCUCCUCUCAAAAAAUUAAGCAUACCACGAUUGGAACUGAUGGGAGCUUGGUUACUGCCGCAGUUGGUUGAUUCUGUUAAGUGAGCAAUGUGUAGCGAACAAGUUCUUGAGUGAGUAGUGUUGUGGACAGACAGUAUUACAGUUCUGUAUUGGCUUCAGAAUAAGGGGGAAUGGAAACAAUUUGUUAAGCAUCGUGUUGAUGAAAUUUUGCAAUUAACUAAGGGUAUGGUUUGGAGGCAUUGUCCGGGACCUGACAACCCGGCUGACAUAGGUUCACAGGGAUGUAAGGCCUUGGAGUUGAAGGAAUGUGAUAAGCGGUGGUAUGGUCCACAAUGGUUAGGUAACACUGAAGAAGAAUGGCCAAGAUUCGAUGUGUCGAGGACACAAGAGAGUAAAGAAGAGGAGAAAAUGUCAAAGGUUACAUGUAUGUCUGUCAAUGUUCUGCCUCAACGGGGAAUUACAGGAAUUGUGGAUGUUAAAAGAUUCAGUCAGUUGUCAAGGCUGUUGAAGGUAAGUGCUUGGGUUAUGAGAUUUAUAACUAACAUCAGAGCAUCAGUCAAUAAGAUGGAAAAACGUGAAGGCGAGCUGGUUAGUGAAGAAUUAGUGAACACAGAGGGUAAACUGAUUAAGGCGGCGCAAGAGGAAUUGCACAAUCAAGAUACCUUUCCACAGUUGGUGCAAAGGUUAGGAAUUGUUAAUGAGUAAGGCGUUUUACGGUGCAAAGGUAGAUUAGGGAACUCGGAAUUGGCUUAUGAAGGUUGAGAGCCAAUUAUUCUUCCAAGGGCUGUCAUGAACGGAUCCAUCACAGUGGAGUUAAGAGUACCUUAGCGGAGCUUUGUUCGAAAUUCUGGGUCCCAAAGGGGCGCCAGACCGUCAAGAAGAUUAUAGGAAAGUGUCAAGUUUGCAAGAGAAUGGAAGCUAAGGUUAUUUCUUCUCCACCAAUAGCACAGUUACCAGAGUUUAGAGUGCAUCAGGCGGAGCCAUUCUCAAGAACAGGUGUAGAUUUUGCUGGUCCAUUGUUUGUGAAGGAGAAAGAUGGAGGGUUAGGUAAAGCAUAUAUUGCACUAUUUACAUGUUGUGUUACAAGAGGAUUGCACCUGGAUUUAGUUGAAGAUCUUUCUGCAUCGGUAUUUCGGAGAUGUUUAAGGCGAUUUAUGGCCAAAUAGUAGAAAAAAAAGUGGAGGUUUAAUCUAGCACGUGCCCGGUGAUGGGGAGGUUUUUUGAGCGGAUGGUCGGCAGGAUAAAGAGAUGUUUACGGAAGGUUCUCGGUAAUGCGAGAUUGACAAUGGAUGAGUUGUUGACUGUGUUGUUAGAGGUUGAGGCCAUCUCAACUGUAUGCCGUUGACAUAUGAAUAUGAGAAACUUGGAGGGGAGAUGUUGACACCCUCACAUCUUAUGCAUGGUAGACGAAUUAUUUCAAUGCCAUGUUGGCCUGAUAAUGAUGAUGACGAGGACUGGGGCGAGGUAGAUGUUGGGGCGAGAUUUCGGUAUUUGAGUACAAAACUGAAACACUUCUGGAAUCGUUGGCACAGGGAGUAUUUGUGUGAUUUACGGGAGCAUCACGAUUGCAGGGGCAACAAGAGCAAUGACAGGACAGUUAAGGUAGGUGAAGUGGGGAUUGUCUCCGAAGAAGGUAAGAAGCGUGGCCAGUGGCGUACCGGUAUUGUUGAGAAGUUAGUGGUUGGUCAUGAUAGGGUUGUGCAUGGAGUGAAGAUAAGGAUGAUCAAAGACCGGAAACCUAGUAGAUUGCACAGACCAUUACAAAGGUUAGUACCAUUAGAAAUCAGUUUAGAUCAGGAAACAAAAGUGAAAGGGAAGGAUGAAACCGAGGAGGUUAGGAAGACAGGGAGAGAGCAGUGGCGAUUGAUGCAGAAUGGAAGAAUAAAUUAAUGUUGACUCUGGAUUGAGUCAAGGUGGGGAGUGUGUCAUGUAAUUUCUAUUAAAAUGUAAUAGAUUGUUGUGUUUCGUUGGGACAUACUUUACGUAAGAACAGUAUAAUUUAACUAUGACAGAGAAUGUAAGGGGUCGAAAAGUAGAGUGUUCGCUUGGAAGGUUUAUAUGUUGAAGUGUUCAUAUACAAUGUAAAAAUAUCGGAUUGUACUGAUUGUAAGCAACUGAAUAAAUAGAAAAUACAACUUUGUGUGUAUUAUCGAACUUUCGCAACAAAGACUCGACAUAGAUAAUAUAUGAAGUCAUACGAAAAUAUUGAUAAGUUUGAUUCUUAGAAAAAAUCGUGUGUGAAAAGGUAAAGUGAAAUACCGGCUUUAAAUAUUGCACAUUAUUCAUUAGCAGUUUGAAGAAUUAUGUUGUAUAUACGUAACUCGGUUUGCAAGACGAGGAACUUAUGUAAUUUGGUCGAUCUGAUAUCAAUACAUAAUAUUAUUACGUUUAUAUUUAAAUCAUGUCAUGGCCAUAUUUAGUCUAGACUGCGGAUAUAGCUUUAUUUAUGAAAAAGACAAAAUAUUACGAUAAUAUUUUAACAACUUAAUUAAUGUAAAUUUUGGCUCUGGCACUGUCUGUUCAGCUUAUUUAGUUAAUAUCACAACAUAUUUUGCAACAACGGCUUGUCUGCAAAUGAGUUGAUUACUUUCUCAUAAUCUAGAGUCUUUGUCAAGUCCCGUUCAACAAUAAUAAGCAUUAAUGAAUUUAAACGCUUCUGUCCCAUCAUUGACCUGAGGUUGUUCACAGUUGGUGGAACCAAUGGGAAGUGUUACCAGCGUCUUGUACAUGGUAUACAGUUCUGGAAAUGCAUCUGAGCUUUGGGUAAGUCUCUACGAACGAGAUAUACACUUCCUUCAGUUUUCUAUCAUUAAAGCCAUAAUUAUGUGCAACAUUUUGAAAAGCAUCUGGUGGUAAAUCCUUGCUGGAGUUCAUAUCUUGGAAUCUCUCGGGAUCAAGUAGGGAAAAGUUGGCAAGGAUAGCUUUGUGCGACAAGAAGCGAUCACUAAUUGACACAAUGGCUGUGUCAAUGGCAUAAACGAAUGUUUCCUGACAUUACUGACUGGAUCUUCCUCGAUUUCAUCGUUAGAUAACUCGCCAGGAAGUCGUUUCUUCUUUCUUGUGUGCUUCAAAGCAAAAUCUUGCUCCAGUUCAUGGUCCACACAAAACGUUUUAGCGAGGGCAUGAACUUUGCUGAAUUUCCCACGAAGCUGCUUGAGCUGUGAUUCAGCAGUCUCAAUUAAUCAAAUAGCAGUAAGUAAAUCAAUCUUUUCUGAUUGUAGAUAGAGAAGUAGGAUCAGUUAUAGAAAAUAUCUUGUUGAAAACAUGUGCAGUUAGAACCGUCUCGAUUGAGGUCAACUUUAGCUCCAGGGCUUCAGCGUCGGUGAUGGUCUCGCUGCUCUGAUUUCGAUUGGCAAUCUUUGAGGGUGUCGAUAAAACAUUCAAACAAUUCUCCUUUAUGUGCAAAGAAACAUUUUCUAAAGCUUUCUGGUGGGACCACCACUUUGUCGUCGACACUCUUUGUGGUCAGUGAAUUUGUUGAAUAUUGGAUUCUUUUGCUUCUCCUCAAGAAUGCCGAAGUUGUGAGAAGGCACACGAUUUCUCCAACGCACCAAACAAAGAUUUUGCCGCCAAUGAGGAACCACAAGCCUCCAUUAUAACAAGAUUCAGCACAUGAUCAAAUGUCCAAAUGAACAAACAUUUUGGGUUGACCUGUUGAAAGAGAGUUUUCACUCCUUUGUACUUUCCUGUCAUGACAGAUGCACCAUCAUAGGAUUGUCCGACGGCGUCAUUGAAACCCAGACUACUCUCUUCUAAAAUUUCUUGAAGAGUGUUAAAUAAUCCCUCGGCAGAUGAGUCUUUCACCCGCUGAAUGCUCACUAAUCGCUCAACAAUGUCCAAAGACUUAUUUAAGUAACAGAUAAUAAUCGACAGUUGAUCUGCAUGGGGGAACUGUCUGUAGUGCAAUCAUGGCAAUACUGUACAUUCCCACAGCGUUUAUUUCACCAACAAUGACUUUCUGGAGUUGAUUUCCUAUGCUGUUUAUUAUCUUGUUUUGUAAAUCUGCACUCAUAAAUGAGACAAGAUUUCCCCUGCCACUUCUUGACUUUUUGCCUUUCGUUUUUCCAAUUGGUUUUCUUUUUCUCUUUAAUUUUGAAUUUCUCACUGCUCGUAAAUGAUUGGUUAGUGGUGCGUCCUAUUUUGCAAGAAGAUUGACCAUGCUACGAAAGUUUCCUGUGCAUGUUUCAUCCAACACAUCCUCCUCUGUGAAUAAAGGUUGCUCAUCCACUUCGCGAUGCCCUCUGAAUGCCAUACCUUGCCGAGCUAAACAUAGUGUUAUGUCGGAUCAGUGUUUUCAUCACCUCUCUGUUCUUUCUAACCUUCUUGCCUUGCCGUCUCCACCUUUGAGGCUUCGUUAGAAAGUUGUUCAUUGACGUGAAUGUGGGAACAAAAAUUAAUAAAAUCAACUGUUGCGUCAAUAUGACAUUAAGAUUUUUCGUGCUUUGCAAACUUCUCACUGGCCUCACAAUAACCAAUCUUUGUGAAUGUUUGUUCCUUAUUAUUGCGACAAAAAAAUGCAGAAGUGACAAAAAACUGCAUCUUCUUUUGGUGAAUAUGACAGCCAUUUUCUUUUAAAAUUGUUUUUUCCAACCUUUAUGUGGUACCAGCUUUCGUUGAAAGAACGAUCAUGAGAACCACAUCUUGAUUUGGGAAAUUGUUUCUUGUUCAUUUCAUGUGCUUUUGGCUGAAACGGUCCUCGUGAAAUCAAUCACUUUCUUGUCGCAAGAUCAAGCUUUUCUAUACCGUGUAUGUAUAGGGCCGGAUCGUUCAUGUCUGUGUGGAAUCCGCAAUUUGAUUCAUUAGCCUCUAUAGUUCCCCCUUGUUAGACACGUACAGAACUCAAUUCUUCGCUGUUAAUUUCACGACUUGUUUGGUUAGCCAAUUGGUCUACAGUUUCCUCUGCUUCGACAGAAUUCAAUUCUUCUCUGUUAAUUUUGCAAUGUGCUUCCUUGGCAAAUCUGUUGACUGUUUCUUCUACAUCGAUGGAAUACAAUGCCACUUCUGCACUAGCUGUAUUGUUGUCAACCGAGUCAACAGACUCCUGAAAUUUGGGACAAGCUGGCGGAUUUUUGCUUUUGUCGGCUUUCUUGUAGCUAUUACGACAACGCAGAGUAAUGGUUAUAUACAUUUACCACUGGGUUACAAAGGCUAUGAAGGGAUCGAUCCGACUAUCAAUGAGGAGUGCAUCUGUCUACGGAAAAAGUUGUUUUGCUUUGGUGAUCACAUACUAAUCUGGGGAGAAGGUAAGGAAAAUGGGCCCUUUGGCAGUUUUGCCCCACCACUGAAGAAUCCUUAAAAAAUGCACUGCAUAAUCAUGUUCUAUUUUACUGUAUAAAUACUUAUCAUUUAUAGACCCAGAGCGAGGGGGAUUCAGCGUAAUAUUUCCCGAAGUGAUGAUAUUUUCCGAGGGGCUUUGCCCCGAGGAAAAUAUCAUCAUUGAGGGAAAUAUCGCCGAAUCCGCUGAGCGGAGGGUCUAUAAAUGAUAUAUUAUACUGAACAAAAACCCAUAAAAUGCAGAGAAAAUACAUUUAAUAAACAAUGAUAAUUUACAACAACGUUAAAAAUGCUUCAAUCAAACUGAAAUUCAUAAUUCAUCCAUGCAAUGUUUAGCCAAAAUAAUUUAUAUUGAUUGUGCAGCCUUCAAAUUUAUUGUUUUUAAAUAUAUCCUUUGAAGUCAACAAUACGGGAGAAAGGACUGUAUUCAUGACUUGGUUAAGCUGGGGAGUGGAGGGAAUAUCAAUAUCGUCGAGCAGUGCUAGUAAUCUUUCAGGAGAAGUUAGACAUUCGUUUGCUGGGACGGUAUCAACUGUGUCAGCAUUGUUAGUCAUGGGCAACAUCAAUGCAUUAGACAUGUCUCUACUCUGAUCUACAAACACGUUUUUGAAGAAUAUGAUCUAAUGCUGGCUUCAUUCUUAUGUCCUGAAAUCACCAUAAUAUGUCCUGCUUCAUGGCCUAUAUAUUAAAGUAAUUUAGUAGAAUAUAAACAAAAACUUAAAUUGAAAAAGUCUGUUUUUCCAGCAUAAAAAUACAAAUGUACCUGCUUCGUCCAGUACUGUUACAGCAGUUGAUCGUAUUGAAUGAUUUGUGUAUCGUUGAGACAACUGUCCUUGUCGUGAAAUUUUACUCAUCAUUGUUCCUAGUGUAUUUUUCCUGAGUAGAGCUUUGUAGUACCAACUUUCAUUGUCGGGAUAAAAUGAAUCAAGAGGUCUUUGCCACAGUGCCAGUAUUCCUUUGUAUAGUUUACUAAGGUACUUCAAGAAUGAUUCAACUGGGCAGGUAGGUUUUCCUGAAAAAAUUUCCAAAUGCCAGUAAUCAAUAUUAGAACUGAACAAGCAUUCAUACAAAACAGAGAGAUUUUAUACAACAUUCAUAAACAAAACAUAUCUGCUUGCUCAUACAUUCACCCUUGUGAUACAGCACCUGUUGUUAAAUCACAAGGUUUUUAUCAAGCUCACCAACUUUUUGAAAUAUGUAUCGUUUUCCAGCGCUGUCAACUGUGAGUUCGAAUGUUUCUUUUGUCAUUGUUCUCAAAUUUUCCUGCCCUCUUCUGCACCUGAAAUACAUAACUUUGAACCAAACUUUAUUAAGCAAUCCAUUUGGCAUGUGAAUAUCAAAAACAAUCGUUCCAACCGCUGUAAAAUUUGGCCAUAUCAACUUUCGUUAUAGGUAUGUGAUGCUGUACUGUAGCGAGACCUUGACGACGUAAAUCGGUGACUGAAGCUUUGAAAACCUUCGUACUACAAGUGAACGAUCUGUCGUUGACAAUAUCAAUGCCCAAUCGGUCCAAAUAAUGUCUCCUUAGUCUGUUUCUUAAUAUUUGUAAAGCACUAGCUUUGUAUUUGGUCCCGUCUUUCCUUUUUGCAUUUGCAAAAAACUUUGCCAAGCUUUUAUUGAGGCUUUCUAUAUUCUGCUUGGCUUUCUCAAAGUCUUCAAUCUCGCCGUGGAAAGCACAAACUGCAAACUUUGUUGAUUUUUUGGUGUUUUUUUGCAUCUUUGUUUUCAAGUAUAUUUAUUUCUUUGUCCGAGUCUUGCUCUCCCGCCAUUUUCCAUAGCUAUGCUAAGUGUGUGUUGUCCACGCUUCACGCGUGAGCGUGGGAUACUAUAAUAUCCCACGGUGGAUCUGCUGUGGGAUAUUAUAGUAUCCCAUGCUGGAUUGCAAAAAUCAUGAAUUUGAGUGAAAUACCGUAAAAAGUCAUGGUGGUACAAAUGCCGUUUUUUCAUUGGACAAUUUGAAUUUGAGGUAUAAUAUUGUUGUAUGUCAUGUAUAAAUAAUCCGAUGUAUAGUCAUGCAUAUGUUGUAUUUUACAAGUUCUUCCAGUCGCGGGUCUGAUUCAACUGCAUGAUUGCCCAACUGUUGGCAGACACACUUGGCCCUGAUGAUAGUAGUGACGAUGAUUGAUUCGACAGCAUGAUUGCCCAACUGUUUGCCCAAUUGAUUUGCCCAAUCAUGCCCAAAUCAAUUGGGCAUGAUUGCCCAAUUGAUUCGACAGCAUGAUUGCCCAACUGUUGGCAGACACACUUGACCCUGAUGAUAGUAGUGAUGAUGAUAGUGUUGCUGCUUCAGAAAAAGGGCAAACUUCUAAAGGUAUUGAGAAAGUAGAAAAAUUUUCACUCUGCAGACCGGCCGGAGCCUGAAUUUCUAGCAGCCAGUUCGCGGGAAGAGACUUCCGAGUUCAGACUUUCGGUUACUGAACAUUCUUAUGACUUGAGUUCAAACUGAGCUGUAGUUACAGAGAGAUUAUUUUCAUUCAGUAUUUAGCUAUUUACCAUUUAAGCAAAUCAUGACAAGUGCAUCUAUGUCAAAACGGUAAGCUUAAAUAAUAUAAUUUCACAAGUACUCAGUCAGUUUUGUAAAGCAUGUGUAGCAGUGCAUGAUCAUUAAACAUUUUCCUUUUUAUGUUUCUUUGCAUGUAUUUUUGUAUUAACAGUAGAAAUUCUUGGUGUUGACGAACAGGUUCUCGAAUAUACAUUUUCACAUUUACAAGUUGGGCUGGAACAUGAAGGGGUUGAAAAGGGAACAUUUGAUUCACAGUUGUUUUCAUCAAGGCUAUUCUUACAACGAAAUUGUGUUUAGGCCAAAGUAAAAAAUUCCCAAUUUCUCAUCAGACGUUUUUUAAAAUGCAAAUGCAGCGGGCUGUUUCUAUUUUUAUAUUUUAUAUUAAACAACCAGUUAUUUUUUAACAACAGAACUUAAAUUGUUUAAUAAAAACCACUAUUCUACCAUGUAUAUUUAUCUAAAAUAUAGUAUUUAUAAAAAAAACAUGAAGUUGGUGGCCAUUUGCAUAAAAUAUUACACUGCUGAAAACCCACCGCUAUAAAUAUUUCAUGUAAUUGUUAUUUCUAAAAAAAAAAAAUGCGGCAGGGCUAUUUCCUAAUGCGUGCACUGAUGAGAAACCAGGAUUUUUUUACUUGGCCUUACAUUGUUCAGAAUUCAUGGUAUUUCAAUGUGUGGUAGACAAUUAAAAAGAAUACUAGCUCGCUUAGGACUAAAGCAAAUGUUUAGUCUUAAUAAUUGCUCACCUUUAGAAGAGAUCUAGUUUCAUAUUAAUCUAGAUUAAUAUAAAACUAAUUUGUCGUAUCUCUGAGGAUAGUUCUGAAAUUUAGAAGAGAUCGUUGAGACAAUUUUAAAAGAAAUUGAAAACAGUGGGCAGUGCAUUGGGUGCUGAUGUGGAGAAAAUUGGUGUGCUGUUACAACUUAAAUGAUAAAAGAGAUACUCUCCUUAAUUUUCCGACCGUGUUCGAAAAGAUUGUUUUAAGGAAGGGAACACCCUGACAUUUAGCAAAGCCAGGGAAAUGGCAAAAACCGAUGAGUCGGCAGAAAGACAACUGCAAUUAAUGAAUGCUAGUGAAGUAAAUAACAUUGCAUCAAUUAGGGACAAAAGAUAUCAAAACCGAAGAAAUCAAGUUAGACAUAACCCUAGGUCUGGGCAACAGUGUAGGAACUGCGGUCGGGGAUCACAUUCUCAAGAUCAGUGUCCUGCCAAAAACAUGACAUGCCACUACUGUCAGAAAGUAGGACACUUUGCUAAAGUAUGUUUGGCAAAGUUAAGGAAUAAGAAUGUACAUGAAGUUGAAGCCCUUGCUGAUAAUAUACAACAAAAUCAGCUGCAAUCACCUCGUGUGGGAGAGGAACAAUUUGUAUUCCUAGGACCAAUUGUUGCCACACCUUUGGCUGCUCAAGUGCAUAGUGUGUCAUGCAAGGAGAAAGCAUUAUUAGAAGUUUCUAUUUCCCUGAAUAAUGAAGGGAUGCAAUCGCAUGUUGUAUGCAAAAUAGAUUCUGGUGCCGAGACAAAUAUUUUGCCCAUGUCCAUAUAUCAACAGUUGAAACAUGAAUCACAUAAGUUAGGAAAGCCUACAAUGAAAUUGACGGCUUAUGGUGGGGCUGAACUACCAAACCUGGGAUCAUGCUUUGUCUUUGUAAAGGUACCGGAUAUCCAGAAAUUAUGGAAAAUCCAGGUGCAAGUUGUUGAUGUUAAUGGCCCUAUGAUAAUUGGCAAUAAGUCUGCACAAAAUUUGGGUCUCUUAAAGCUCAAUUGGGCCAUUUAUGUUGGGAAUCAUGAUAAUAGCUUCAACAGACACAUCAGUAACACCAGUGCCACCACCAGUAACCAACCCAGCAGUAACCAUCAACCACCAGUAUCAACAACCAUGUCUCAUCCACCAUUAUCGACCGCCAGACCACCACCUAAAGUAUCGGCCAAGCAACUCAACAGUACAACUAGCCCCCUUGAUGAUAACCCUCCAGAUGUGCGGGGGAAACGUCCUUUUCCACUAACCAAAGAGUAUCUUUUAGAGGAGUACUCGGAUGUGUUUACAGGAGUCGGUUGUUUUCCUGGAGAUCCAUACCAUAUUGAAAUGAUUCCUGAUGCAGUUCCUGUACAACAUGCCCCCAGACAAGUGCCAAUUCAAUUGCAAACACCAUACAAAGAUGAGCUGGACAAGUUAGUAGAGUCUGGGAUUUUAAGCGAAGUCCAGAAUGAAUAUACCCCAUGGGUCAAUUCAACCGUAGUUACACAAAAGCCCAAUGGAACCAUUCGCCUAUGUUUGGAUCCUCGCGAUCUUAACAAAGUGAUCAAGCGGAACCCAUACUAUGUCAGAACCAUAGAUGAUGUCAUACCAAAAGUCAGUGGUGCAACCCACUUCAGUAUCCUAGAUGCACGUUGUGGAUAUUGGCAAGUCGAACUCGACGAAGAGAGCAGUCGUCUGUGCACUUUCAACACCCCAUGGGGCAAGUACAGAUGGAACAGAGUCCCAUUUGGACUCACCUGCAGUGGUGAUAUAUUCCAAGAAAAGAUGGAUGCGACUUUUGGUAAAUUAGAUGGCUUAAGUGGGAUUGCAGAUGACACCUUCAUCUAUGGAAAGAAUGAAGCUGAGCACGAUCAACGCAUAAUCGACGUCCUUGAAACCGCAAGAAAGAACAAUGUACGAUUCAACCCAGAUAAAUUUCAGUUUAAAGUAGAAGAAGCAUCGUUUUUUGGGCUAACGUGGACCCCUGGUGGAAUUAAACCCGACGAACAUAAGAUCAAAUCUAUUAGAGACAUGCCCAGCCCAAGUAAUUUAACAGAGCUGCAAUCGUUUUUGGGAAUGGUGAACUACUUGAACAGAUUUUCUCCAAUCUUAUCCCAGAUAUCAUUGCCUUUGCGACAGAUGACGAAAAAAGAUGUACCAUUUAUGUGGCAACCAGAGCAGCAACAAGCUUUCCAAGAGUUGAAGCAAGUAAUUACAGAAGCUCCAGUUCUAUCCUAUUACAAUCCUGAGAAGAAAAAUUUGAUCCAGUCAGAUGCAAGUUUAAAAGGAAUUGGGUGUGUGUUGAUGCAAGAUGGUAAGCCAGUAUGCUAUGCAAGUCGGUCACUGAGCGAAACCGAGUCACGGUACAGCAAUAUUGAGCGAGAACUGUUGGCUGCCUGCUGGUCCCUGGAGAAAUUUAAUCAUUAUGUGUUUGGCAAGAAGGUGGUAAUCGAGACAGACCACAAACCGUUAGAAAGCAUAUGGAAGAAGAGUAUCACUAGUGCAUCGCCUCGCCUACAGAGACUUCUCCUGAGAAUGUCGAAGUAUGAUGUUGAUCUACGAUAUAUCGAGGGCAAGAAGAAUGUAAUCGCGGACGCCUUGUCCCGAGUCAGCUGCAUGGAGCCACCUGUAGAUGGAAAUGAAGUGCCGUUGAUAGAAAUCAAUGAAAUUUCGAGUACAUUACCAGCAAGUCCAACAAAAUUGGACGAAAUACGGGAGCAAACAAGACAAGAUGCUACCUUGGAUCACUUGAAAGAAGUUAUACACCACGGAUGGCCUGAGUAUCCUAGCCAGUGUCCUUCUGACUUGAAGGAAUUUUGGAACUUUCGCGAAGAUCUUAGUGUUGAAAACGGCUUGGUACUGAAACGACAUCGUCUUGUGAUUCCAAGCAAACUCCGUCAACAGAUGUUACAAAUUGUGCAUCAGGGCCAUAUGGGCACAGAGAAAUGCCUUCUGAAGGCGAAAGACUGCUUGUUUUGGCCUGGGAUUUCGAAUGAUAUUAAGAAGAUGACAACUACUUGUUCCACCUGUUUGCAAUACUCGAAACAGCAAUCGAAAGAACCGCUACACCCUCAUAACGUUCCAAGUUUUCCCUGGCAAAAGGUUGGAACAGACCUUCUUGAGUACAAAGGAGCACAAUACCUGCUGGUAGCAGAUUAUUACAGUAAAUAUCCAAUUUUACGAAAGUUGAAUGGAACGACAUCAAAUGCUGUCAUCAACCAAUUAAAGUCAAUAUUUGCAGAAUAUGGAAUACCUGAAACGCUAGUAUCAGACAAUGGCCCACAAUAUAGCAGUCGAGAGUUUUCAACCUUCUGUAGCCAUUGGGGCAUUGGCCAUAGUACAAGCUCACCACUGUAUCCUCGAAGUAACGGUUUUGUAGAACGAAUGGUUCAAACUGUAAAGAACUUACUAUGCAAGUCGGAAGCUGCAGGUGAAGACCCAUAUCUUGCAUUACUUACAUAUCGGACAACACCCGUAGACAACAACUUACCGUCACCAGCCAAGCUACUAAAUCAACGAGAAUAUCGGACAUUAUUACCUUGUAGCGGAAGGCUACAACGAUGCCAAACAACGCCAGCAAAUCAAGAACAGCUUCAGCUGCGUCAAGAUGUUCAGAAACGUCAGCAUGAUGUGAACUCUCCACGUGUGUUGUCUAAGCUGCUACCAGAGCAGAAAGUGGUGGUAUUCCAGCCUCGAAAGAAAACGUGGACUCCAGGAAAGGUCAUUCAAGAAUCAAACAAGCCAAGAUCGUAUGUGGUUGAAACACCCAACGGGGGCGAAGUUCGACGUAACAGGAUACACCUAAAACCUGUAAGCGAGGACGGCAGACAACCAGAAAUAGACCAUAUGACGAGCGGGCAAGACUGUUCAAGUUCUAGUUUACAAGAAAAGAUUCGUACCAGUGAACCUAACCUGGAAACAGCAAACAAAAGCAGAAAACCAGAAACAGACAUAUCAGGUGAUGAUCACCCUGUGACAACCAGAAGUGGCCGUAUUAUAAAGAAGCCAACUAGAUUGAAUUUAUAAGACUGUAUAAACUUUCGGACACGAAGGACCAAAACAAGAAAAAAAAAUACUAAACUUAGUAGGUAAUUUCGAUAAAUAUAUGUAAUCAUACUUUAGGGAAGAGAUGUAAUAUUAUUAUAGGCAUAAUUUAUGUUAUAAAUUAUAGAGUAAUUAGGUAUUAAUUAUGGACACAUCCGGGUAAUGGAUUACUAUAUAAACAAGAACGAACUUAGAUAUUAGGUUAUAUCAAAAUACGUACACACUUGUAUCGAUCGAAAGUUAGUGAUUAACAAUACUUUUACAAGAUCAAUAGAGCAAAAUUUAAACACGUUCACUCCUUUGCCGCCAUGUUCCAAAAAACAACAAAAUUUACUAUUUUUUCGCAAAGCAUCACGGUAUUUUUGAUCGCGAGUUUCUCAAUUUUUAAAAAAAUCUCCUCUUAAACAUACUUACCCUACCAAUGACGUCACACGUUGUGCUGAAUCAGCAAUUUAUAUUUUGCACAUUUUUGCGUAUAACUUCGGAACCAGACGAGACAGAAUAGAGCAGUAAACGGCCAAUCGGCUUAUUUUUUCAUGCUCUUUCAGAUAAAACAAUAAAACCCAAGCUCGGGCGGCCCUCACAAUUGCCCUGGUUCAGGCUGUUGAGCUGCGUCGGAAUUCCAACGCAGAGGCUUGGUCGCAUAUCAUAUGUAUUGCUCCUUAAAAACAUGGCGACCGCAAUGAAUGCAACUCUACGAGGAAGCCAAGAAGCAAUAUAUUUUGCACUUGCAACAGCAAAUAAUACUUAAAGAAAGAGCAGAAAGAAGCUAUUCGUCAAAUAGUGAAUGGAAGGGAUGCUAAAUCGUUGAUAUACCAACUUUUACCUUCCAUGUUCGACUACAUUAAUUCGAGAAAAAAAAUUCUGCCGUGUGGCCAGAAACAAUUGUGAUCGUGAUUUCCCCGUAAAAUGCACUGAUGGGCGACCAAAUAGAGAAGCUAAAAACUGACAUGGGUGUUAAGGUAGUUGUUUUACGCCAUGACGAUCACGAUCAAGAAAUGAAAGGUGUGUAUAAAAAUAUAAAAUACUUCAUUUUGUUAUUGGUUAGCACUGUUUUCCAUCCAGCAAACUGACCUGACGUCAUUUUUGAAAGAUAGAAGAGGUGUUAAAUGGCUAUGUAACUAACUCAAACCCCACCCCUACUGGGGUCGGCUAUUUUGCGAGCUGCGAGUUGCGAGCUGCGAGUUGCGAGUCGCUAGCCUCGCUUUGAAUUAGGCUUUGAAAGUAUAUUAAUAUGGACGACAUGGAAGGCAAAGUCGAAGGGUUUUUUGUUUCAUAAGUAUUAAUGACCUUCGAAGUUAAGUUCCCUGUAACUAAAUUCGUUUCAACACGUUUUCCGUGCACUUUAAGCCGGUUUUCCACUUCAACCGUAUCGUAGCGAAGCGUAUUUCUUUGUUUCCUGAGCACUAGAGUGGAACUAAUGACUUCGACACAAAAGACAAUGCUACGAUACGGUCGAGAUGAAAAUCGACCUUUACUUGUUUGUUUACUUUGUUAGAUCCAUCGGUACGUAUGUUCAAGAAUUAAAAUAGUUAUAUUGAAAAUAAAAGUGCAAGUUUUAAGUCGUUUUAAUUAACUUUCAAUUAUAAUUUUCAUGUACAAUUUGUGCAUUUUUAAUAUGCUCGUACGAUUACAAUGCAUUCUAAACUCCCAGAGGUAAUGAAGUUUGGGUGUUAACAACAAAAAGGUGAUUUCUAAAGUGUCACUUUUUUUAAGACACCCUGUAUAUUUCAUAAUACUAGAAAAUACAUGCAUGCAGAAACCCUCGCCUUGCUGACAAAACCAUUGUAUUUUCCGAACAUGAUGUAUCUAAAGUAGUUGUCAUGGUAACGCGAUAAUUUUUUAAGAAUAUUCUUACAAAUGAAAAAUCGCCUAAAAAUAUCACUUUUAAUUACAAAAUUGUCAAUUUCCCAACAUAUAUAUGUUAGGAAUGUUAUUAUAC